GAGAGGGGCCGAGCGGGCGGCGGAGGAGAGGGAUGCUCUGCCAGGUGUCGGCUGCAGCAUCAGCACCGCUCCUCCUCCUCCUCCACCUCCUCCUCCUCCUGUCCGCAGCAUCCCCUCUUUCUUCAACACUGUUUCUACCAACCAGAGAGGAAGAGAGUGGAGAGAGACGCUUAUGUUUCGCGUUGAACUCCCCUGCAAUUGAAUCAACACUGGAGGUAAGUUGUUAACCCAAUGAAAAUCACGUUUUUUUCUUUUUCUAAAGGAGCUACGGAGGCCAGGAUGGAGAAAGUGUCGCACGUAUUUUGCUCAUUUUUUGGGUUUCGGUUCUGAUUCGGUUCGUUAGCAUUCUCAGCUACGUGUGCAGCUGAUCAUUUUGUGUUCACGCUUCUUUGCAGUGCAGGUUUAGAGAAAAUGUUGCCUGUUUUUUUGUGAAAUAAAACUGAAACAUUUGUUACUGAGCUCGCAUUGUAAGUGGAGCAGUAGGCUAAAGGAGAGUUAAGGUGUUAGAAAGAGAGAGAGCGAGAGAGAGGGAGAGGGAGUGAGGUCAGUCAGUGAGGCGCAGGUUGGUGUGAUGGAUGGAGCAGGUCAGGUCUCUGUGGGUGAUGUUAAUGAUCACACAUAGAUUAUCCAGGCUUUAGACCAGACGUCUGUUAUUAUCCACUGAACUGAGAGGUGACAACAGAGACACUGUAAAGGGAUCUGGAGUUUUACUCUGAUUAAAAGGCUGUUCAGGCUGUUAGAUGUGUGCGUUGUCAUGUUACAUUAAUGAGAAAGCAAAACUAUGAUGUUAAUAUUAUAUUUUGCAUCAAGUAGGUAGAAAAAAAUGGAUUUCUUGUCUUGAAACAUGCAAAAACAUAUUUUUCUUUAAAGUCUAGUGUAAUUUCCUCUCCUUUGAGACCUCCAUGCUGCUGCAUCUGCACUCUCACAGACCUCCCCCUUUCUUCUUUAAGCAUGGUCUAACUCCCGUGCAAAGCCAAGGGAGCCUUAAUCGAAUGCAUGGAGUUUUUAUGUGCUUUCCCAUGUCCUCAGCUUCACCCUUGGUUUACCUAGCUGGGUGGGUGUAGAGAGAAAUCAGGGAUGGUUGAAUGAAUGGAUAAAGGUGAGCAGAUUGGGGGCAUGCCUUUCACGCUCUGCUGUCUCCUAUGCUGAUUGAUCGCUGUCUGAUGAUGAUAUGAGAUCGUCCUUGAGACUAUGCAGUUGGUUUAUUUUAUGUCUUGGUGUUUCGGCACUUUUAUGAGCUAUUGUUUUGUAUAUUUUCAGUUUUGCAUUUCCUCGAACUUGUGGUGUGUACUUAUUCUAUUGAGCAUGCAUUUUGUGUCUGCAACUGUAAUUGAUCCCAACACCAGACACUGCCCACAUCUAUGGAUCUCACAGUCUAUUUUGUAAGUCUUUCCAAUCCCUCGCAGUCAUGUAGAAGUGGAUGUGGAAGCUGACAUGGCAUCAAAAGCAGGGCAGCAGAGCCUGUGGCCUUGGCUUGUUCCAGAUGCUGAUGCAUGUGUGAUUGAUUCAUUACAUCUGACCUCUGCAAAGUCUGAGCAGCGAUCAAUUCAGCAGAUCUCUGCCAGGAAAACUACUCACAGCAGCAGCAGCAGCAGCAGCAGCAGCACGACAGUAGUGUGUAUAUGUGUGUUUUAGUCCUCAGGCUCUGAAGUUAUGUAUGUGUGUGUUGUUUCUGCAGGUAAGACAGUCUGUCACAAAGCCCAUGAGUGUAGCGCACCGGUGCGACCAAGGUCAUUUAAUAGGACAGAAGAGGGGAGAAGAAGGAGGAGGUGGAGGAGAAGAGGGGAACAUAAGAGAUGAGGUGAAGGAGGUAGAGAAAGAAAAGCGUGUCAGAAUGCACUUCACUUCUAUUGGACCAGAUUUUAAAAGGUUUCCUUUUCUAUGUGACACUUGUAUGUCCUCUUUCAAUCAUUUUUUGCUUAAAAAUAUGCAUGAAAUUUAUUUUGGAGUGAGUUUAUUUCAUAAAAAUCCAAUUUGUUUUUGAACAAUUUUAGUCGAGUGAUCAAUUUAGCUCCUUUAGAGUCAAGAGUAAAAGGAUAACUCACCUGUGCUGUGAUUUCAGAGGACUUAUCAGGCUUUAAGUUAGUCAAAGCUCAUAUUUGUGCGUGUGUGCGUGUGGAUGAAAACUGUCAGCACAUGAGCAUCCACACUCUCAAAUCCAUGCUGCCUUUGUCUUGAAGGUGGCAAUGAGCUUGUUGUAGCUCCUCCCCUGCAGUCACAAGCAGGACAGGAGAGGGUGAACAGAGAGGCACGCCCCCGCUGGUGACACACACGCCGCAUAUAAAUACACAUGCACUCACAUUUUCCUGUUCUGUUCGGAGACAACAUGUGGGACCCUUUUUGUCAUGUGCAUGCAUUUGCUGAAUUUUGCGAUUUUAAAAGAUCGUACAGUUUUGACAUAUUUUUUAUACGCCACAUCUUUUUGUAAUAUUAGUCAGCAAGCUGCAGCAGGUAAAAAGAAGUGAACGUCUGUGGAUGAGUUGAAGUGCAGGUAGCAGUGUUUUAUACAGAGACCGAACUGUGAGUGCUUGGCUGCAAAAAGCCACAGUCACUCCACACCAUUUAUUUUUCAUAACACUUCUCCACACCGCGCAUCUUCGCUCUUUUUUCAAACCUCGUUCCAAGUUCCCAAAAAUAAACAUAACAGUCAGACUGAGCAGCCUUUCGCUAAGGAGGUCUGUGCCCCCAUCCUGCACUCUCUCUUCUUUUAUCUGAAAAAAAAAAACAGCCAGUUCAACUCCAUUCCCAUAUUUUUCUGCACAUCAUCACCACCCAAAAAACCCUCAUCCUGCUCCUUUCUUUCCUCACCUCUUACUGAUCCUUUGCCAGAAGUCCCUCCCCCACACCCCUGGGGUUUGCCACUUGCACAUUACACAUGCAUACACACUCUCACACAUUGCAAUACUAACCCCCCCCCUCACACACACACACUCCACUCGCUCCUCUCUCUGUGUCUCUCUACAGCGUCAUUUUUUCCUAUUAUCAUGCAGUCCUAAAAUAAAAACAUGUGACUCAGCUUAAGUUGCACUCAGCAUCUCUUUGUCUGGGUCCUCUCACCUUGCCCGCUUUAUGUCUGUGCAUCUACGUGUGUGUUUGGGUGAGCAUGUGCCAGCUUACAGCCCCGCAAAGAAUUCUUUGUCUGCCUCUGCUCUGCAUCUAAAGUGAACUCCUCUCCUCUCCUCAUUUCCUCUCCUCUUUGUCCCCCUCGUACAGUUUCAACCACCAGACAUGGAAGAGUUAAUAUUUCUCUCUGCGACAGGAGUGAUGGUGGGUGGAUGGGUGGGUGGGUGGAAGGUGGGUGGAGGGGCUUUGCAAAUAACAAUGCGGCGCAACCAGCAUCCAGCGUGGACACAUAACCUUUCUAUUUCUCCUCUCUUGCAUGCUAUCUCCUGUCUGGAUCACUGUGAGUGUGUUUUUACUGAGCCUUAGUGAGCCAAUAUAAAACACACGUCUCACGUCUUCCGCCUUCUCCUCAUUUUCUCCCCCAGACUGGAGCAAUCUGUUCUUUAUAAUCAUACUAAUCUCCCCACCAGUUCCUCUUUGUCUUUCAUCCCCAUUUAUCUUUUUCCCGCUUUUCAUUUCCUGCACAUUUGUCUUCCUUUUGUCCAUCUCAAGCACAAUCCAUCCUCACAUGCUGCACGGCACAACCAGACAAGGAACCGGGACUGUCGGAUUUAGCAGGGAUUCAUCCCCCUGAAAGCCAAACAGAAACUAUAGAAAAUUAAGGAGAAGCAAAUUUGCCUAAUGUGUUUUGGUGACAGAGGUUUAUUUGAAAAACUACACCCCCUCUCUCCCAGGGAGAAGCUGUCUCUUUGUCUCUGCCCCUGCUGCAGUGACAGCUACUAUACCUGACUUUGUGUAUAUGUGCAACUUUGCAUGCACAUGUUUACACACCUUCAGCACAUGGUAUGCAAAUAAAGACACAAACCCCGUGUGUGACAUCUUGAUGGAUAAAUGUGAACCUGUGCCUACAAGUAAAUCUCAUUAUUAGCAACAUUAUGAUUUUCCGUCAAUUUCAUACCAGAGAACGAAUCAUCCACAUAUAGAUAUAAAUCAUCUCUUAUAGUGGAUGAUCUGAUUUUCUCAUUCUCUUUAUUCUGUUAGGUGUGACCACCUACUCUGACCUGUGAUCCUGCUGAAAUCCUGUUACAGCCAUGUAGACAGACUCCCCCUUUGGGACACAAAAAGGCGUCUGAGUGUGUGUUUAUGGGAUUUGAGGAGGAGAGAGAGGCAGAGGGGGAUUAUUUGGGCAGAUGUAGCCUGCUGAUGUGCUAUCUUUAAGGAUGAAAAUGGGAUUGAUCACUUUGCCCUGCCCUCAUUAACUCUGUGUUAUUAUGGUGGAAGAAGGAAUAGAAGAGGAGGAGGAAAAGAAGGGGAAUAAGUAGAGAAAUGGCGCUUAAUUGAAUACAGUUGGGAGCGUUGUGAUGAUGCUGUCAGCGAAGGCAAGAUUGUUGAUGGGGAGCAGCUCUUGUUUUUCAUCUUUACAUAAAAGUGCAACUGGAUGAUUCUAUUUCUGGAUUUUUUGCUCGGCUUCUCCAUCGUGGUAAUCCCUUUGCUGUGCACAGUUUUUGGUUCACACAUACACACUCUCAGGCACUGUUUAGUGAAUCAUCACUUGUGAAAUUCUGUCUACAGGGUGUCUUUUGUGUCUCCUGUGAAAAUGGUGUUUAGCUUAUUUCGCUGCUAUUUCUGUCAGAGCUGUGUUGCUGACAGAGAUGGGAGGGGAAGAGAAGGAUGACUAAAGCUUAGCUUAUUUCUGAAUAGACAUUCUCCAUAAGCUUUAUCCAACUGGAUAAUGUGCGUGUGGAUGGAAAAACCAAAGACAGGAAGAGAGGAAUACUUUUGCAUAAUGGAAAAGAAGAUCAUUGUUUUUUAUGUGUCCAGAAUUUGCACAUUUAUUGUGAUUAUGAACACGCCAUAAAUGUGAGCACCAGUCUUUAGAUGGUGUUGUUUCACGAGUUCACACCUUCACACUUUCAUGUCAAACACAAUCCAGCCUCGGGAACAUGUGCAAGGACACACAAGGAUGAUGUCAUUAGAGAUUAAUUACAUGCAAAAACAUGGGCUGUACUGUAUUAAAGGAGUGGGAUGUAAUCUCAAAGAUAAGUGCUACAUUGCAUUUAAUGUGAAUUCUGCACUAAAUCUAAUUAAGCUACGUGCUAACACUCUGGAGUCAUAAAUUAUGGUUACGCACACUUCAACGCUCGGCCCAUUUGUGUUCCCCAAUCUCUUUUGCGCCUUUUCAAAUGUCCUGGAAUUCACAUCUUUGCAUAUAGUAUAUGGAUGAAAGAGGGAUGGCACUAGGGAAUUUAUAUGUGUGUGUGUGUGUAUGUGUGUGCACACGAGUCCAUGGGGUUCCCCUGGGAGCACAAAGCUAUAAAACCUGUCUGCUCUCCAGAGGGGGAGGAGAGGAAUAAAGCAAAGUGCCAAAGACAAAUGGCUGCUGUAAUGGCCACAUGUGCCGCUGGACCGACAACAAAGAUGCAAAGAGCGCGCGCAUGCAGGUGUUGAUGUGUGUGUUUCUGUGAAGGUGCGAGUGUCCGUGUGGGAUGUGUGGUGCGUACAGUCUUUGUUGCAAUGUGCAUAUGUUUAGAGGAUGCAAAUCUAGCAUGUCUGAAGGAUUGAAGGUCUGUGUUAAACAUCUGGCCUGACUUGACAUUACAGAGUCGAACAGAAGAAAAUAUAUGCGGAAAUAAAGAAAAUUGAGUUUUUAAUAUAAAGUUAUGAGCAGCAUAUACGUUUGAUCAACUGAACAAAAUAAGACUCUCAGCCCAGCUCUAACAUGUCUUAUGGUUUCUGUAUUGUUGUUUUCAGACAUGCACUUUGAAGAAAUGCUAAAAGAACUGGGGAGCACUGACAGAGUUGCACACUUUGACAUCAGCUUUUGCUUUUAUAUCAAUGCUGCAGGUUAUAAAACCUAUCCACAGUAUCAACGAAUAAGUAGAAAAAUAACCUACUGUUGCAAUUGCAUUUUUCAACAAAACAGAACACUUGUCACAUGAUAUUAGUGCCAUCAAUCUGCCUGCAUUUGGUGAAUUUUCCUGAAGACCCUUUACUGCUUUCUCAGAUGAACUUCACAGAAAUUUUACUAGAGGGAUGGCAGGAAAUAUUCCAGGUAAAGCCAUUCUGAAAAUGUUGGCUGUUUGUGUUCACAUAUGCAGCCCACCUGAAAAACUUUGGGAAGCAUUAGUGAGUUAAGUGCAUAUGCAGUAGUUGAUUUGUGAAAAAAAUCAAGGGGGAUGGUGGAUUUUAUUGUCCUGAUGACAGUGGACGUAGUGGGAAACCAACUGUGUACCCAUUUUAUUGUUCCUAAAGCACAAAGAUAAUUAUUAUACUACAUUAUUCCUCAGAUUAAGCUGUCCAUGUUGUUUGGCCAUGAUACUGAAACCGCAAUAGCAUCAACAGUGCUGCUCAAAGUGUCAUUUUCACAUGUGCCGCCUCACCCAGAGUAUUUUACUGAAUAUGCGCAAAGUCCUCUGUCACAGGAUUCUCGCGCAAACAAUCACAAUAUAGUGAAAAAAACACAGGCGUAGCAAAAAACACGGUGAUGUUGAUAGUAUUUACUUACCUUCCAAAGCGCAGUGCAAAAAAGUCUGUUUGGCAGUUACCUUCCAUACAGCAAACUCCAGACUCAAAGAAAGAAAGGCCCAGGAAGUCUCUUUUUUUUUAAACCCCCUUAGCCCCUCCCACACCACCUGGGCGUUAUCAAUUACAUAAGUUUGGGGGAAAAAAACUUAUUCACAUCUUUAUUCACAUCUAAACCAUUUUUACAAUUUUUUUACCUUCAGACCUUUUUCUGUAAGUUUUUUUUAACCAUUUUAACAAAGUUUUUACACAAAUCAAUGAAGCAUUAAAUUUUAGGGAUUCAUGUCAAACAACAAGGGAAUAAUUUUUUCUUUCAUCAUGUGACCACUUUGACGCUCCAUACCCACCUAUUUUGCACCCGGAAAUCAUGCUCUCUGUUUCUCAUUUUGAAACAUGAACCAGCAUGAUGGCGUGAAUGAAUGGACGCCCGGCAAGUAAGUGAAGGGAUGAAUAUCUGUGUUAUCUGUGUGAAUGUAUAAGUCAACUGAUAGAGCUCCAAGUGUGCAACCUUGGUUACCCUAUCCAACAGAGAAGGGAGAAGGAAAAGUAGCGCCGUGGGGAAUUAGCGACGCUGGCGGGGAGGGAAAUGUUUGACGUGGAUGUGGGUAUGUUUGAAGCUCCAUGCACUGCUCACAGUCGGUGAGGACGCCGCUCCGUCACAUCCGAUAAACGUUAAAAUUGUGGUAUUAUUUAAAAAUAGUAGUAGUAUUUCCACAUUCACUGACAAAAAUGGCUGGAGGGAUGGAAAUAUGGAAUGACCGUUUUAGAAGGGGGAUGAUUUUGACCAUUUUCAUUUCCCCCCUAAUCCCCCCUCAACUCGAGUUGCCUACUGUGCAUAUGUGAAAAGAGUAAAACUGUCCCCUUACAACACCCCUCUAAUAAAUGAAUACUACAGCAAGCCAUCUAUGAACAAAGCUUUAUGAAGCAGUCUAGAUCUGUACCUGCUACUUUACUUGAGUUGACUGCUGUGAUUUCACUAAAAGUCUGUGGUUUUGUACUUUUUGUUCUUAUCAGUGAAAACUUAUGAGAGGCAUAUGAAAGAAGAGUGAUGUGGGUGUCUGGUUUAGCGCAGCAGUUUCAUCGCUCAUUCGUCGUACACUGGCUGGAGCCUUGGGCCUCUUGUUUACCUCCCACCUUUGGCCUUUUAUCACAUGUCAUCUGCCACUCUCUUUUCCUUUUCCCAGCUGUAUCCAAGUGUGAACCUUUCAGCUAGGACAUGAAUAACAAGAUAACCAGACAAACAGACUUUACCUGAGGAAAAAAUAACAAUGUAUAACGUAUAUGACAGUAAAGAAGGAUUAUAGAUUUAUUAUCUGGAUUACAUUUUCUAAAAAGGGUGUCUCUGUGUUAAUGUUUGGAUGAUGUAUGAUUGGCACUAAGCAGAAAAAAGUGUUUGAUUAUUGAUGUACCCGGUAUCUCUACAUGGCAACACACUGUAUGUAAACGACAAAAUCAAGCCUCGUCUGCUGUUGCCUGAGUAUUUUCAGAACAAGAUACUAACAAAGAGGAUGUAGACUGACAUGCAAACAAUGAAAGCGUCCCCAUCAGUCAAGUGAAUACUACAAUAGUGCUUCCUCUCGUACUUCCUCUCCGCCUCCUUUAAUUUUAAUACAGUCACUCAGAGGAAGAAAAAAAGCCUCUCCACUUUAACGCUUUCCUGUUCUUGUCUUAUUCAGUUGUCACAAGAUUGACAACCUGCAAAGCAUGGCUUUAUAAAACGGAAAUAUAUGUUACUAGUUUCAUCAAUGGGAGCAAUUUAGCGCUCAUUAGCAUUAUAUAUGGUGAGGGAUUUUCAAUAAUUACUUCACUGUGCUCUCCCAGGCUUUUAUCAGAAAUGGGCCUCUAUAGCUCGUCCUAUAGAGGUUCAAGUGAUGUAUAUUACCUACCAUCAGCCUAAUUGGAAAGCUGUAGCUCUCCUGUAACAACCAUCCCCCUGUCUGCAUCCAUCUGCAUGUCUCAUCUCUCCCACUCCAUGUCUGUGUCUUCUUUCACCCACACAGUUUCAGAGAACGGAGAGUGGGGAGGCGAUUCUCCACUCUCGAUGUAUUUCUCCUGUGUUUCCAGGGAGUCUCUCAUCAUGGCAUGUUCUCAGCGCAUCAUUUUUCCUGCUCCCUGUGGUUGAACGCCGCACUCGAUAGGUUAGGAGCCCAGCUAACUACAGCCCUUCAAUGAAUUUGAUCACCGCUGAGAUGGCGUCUUCUCCCUUCCCCGUGCUCUCAUCACGUCAGGGUUGUGUCGAUCAACCCACUUGCAGGGAUAUGAUUGCUCUGAGAUGAGUAGCACACACCUGGUGGGAGACAAACCUGGCUUGCAGUCACAUAUUCUCACCCUGUACUGUGCAUUCCUAAUGCUGUGUAGCAUCCGUAGCUUUGUGCAUGGGUUUGAGUUCACACGCUAACGAGUCGUAGAGCGGCGUAUUCAUGAGCUGCAAGUGUAGACGCAUAAAGAUGACCUUCACAGCAGCCUGUCUCUUCCAUUGCGACCUUUUCCUGGGAUGGAAGACGUUGGGUCAGAACGUGUAGUCUCCAAUUCCCAGGGAUAUAGUAUCACCAUGACAACCCUGGCAGGCUGUUCAAUUAUUUGCUCCCCGCUGUUUUCCCAGUGGAGUUUGGGUUAUAGUUACCUCAACUAGUGGUUGAAACAAAGCUUAUCUACAUUACAUAUUCUAACCCAGCUUGACUUUGAAUGCAAAUAUGCGUCAAUGAUAUCUGGAUUUGCCUCCUUGACCUGCAUUGACUUUGCUAAAAAUCAAAGCAACACUUUAAUUCAAAUGCUUUAUCAGUAUUGGGAAGAUUUAUCUAAAUCAUGUUUAAACUUGGAAAGAAAUAGCGUGACUGAAGUAAAAUCCCAUCAUAAAGGUAAAAAGCUCUCCUAGUGUGUUUACUGUCAAUUUGCAGUGUUUUCUCUCCUCAAAGAGAAAGCCGAUCAAAGAUGUUUUCCCACAUUUGUUUUGCUUGUAACUGCAUAAUUUAUAUUCCAGUCAUCAGAAACUUCUAUUCAGCCCCUCAAUAAUAAUACCAGCAUAGCUUCAACCACUCUCUUGGUUCUCUCUACUUUUAGCAGUAUGUCAUCAGCAUAAGGGAGUGCAACAGCAGGGAAAACCUGUCAAGUUCCUUUUCUCAGACGCCUGGCUCUUCAAGCGAAGCAGGAAACACCUGAUUCAUAACACCUUUUAUCAUCCGAACGGGUCCUUUUUAUUCAGCGUCAGACAGGUCUUUUGUUCUCCAUCGUACCAAUGUUGAGGGUCCCUUUUUUUAAGAUGAAUUUUGUCUGCCUCGCUGUGAGGUGGUGUGCAGCUUAUUCUAGUUCAGCCACUGUGACCAAGCUUAGCACUCAGCCUCCCAAGACUGCUGUCAUCAGCACAACCCCCAGCGCUCCAUCAGUGCCGUAAUCGAUCUGCCACCAUGUCCUUUCGGAGAAUUCUCUCACUCUCUAAUGCAACUCCCUGUCUCCUUCUCUCCCUCCCAUCCCUCUUCAUGUCUGCCUCUUUGAAUCCUGUCUGUACUGUAUGUGUUCUUUCUAAUGAGCUAAUUAUUUGAUUGUGUGCACCAGCUAGGAGUAAAUAUUAGCUGUGUGCACAGAGGAAGGCAGUGUUUGAAUGAUUAUACAUGUUGUUUGUCUAUUUGUUGAGCACAAUUAACAUUUCCCUCUGUCCUUCGGCAAUCUUGAAUCUCAAACAGAGUACUAUCACAUUGAAAAAAAAAAAUCGGAAAUCCUACGUAGAGGUUUUUAAAAAAAGCAUGUUCUCCUGUACUCUGAAAUUGCAAAUAGGUAGUAGUCGGGGUGUUCCGAUACGAUACGAUACGAUACGAUACUGAUAUCGGAUAUUGGUCCGAUAUCAGCAAAAAAACAAAUAUCGGAUUAUAUCUGCUUGCAUCUAAAAUCUCUGAUAUCAGCACUCCGAUACAAGCAGUCCAUUUCAGACUCCGCUCCGGCACCUCUAUCUAGCAGCGCCCUGAUCCAGCAAGCUAAGCCCACAAAAACAGCAGUGUGUGCUAAGGUACUAGUAAAGUAGCAAGGAGUAGGAGUGAUGUCGGCCUUGUGGCAGUAUUUUUUGUUAAACUCUGAAAAGACAUUGCAGCUGAGUGCAAAACUUGUAAUGCACAAUUUUAUGCCAGUAUCAGAUCAAUAUCGGUAUCAGUUAAUAUUGAAGGCUACAAUAUCAGUAUCGUAUCAGAAGUCAAAAAUUGUAUCAGAACACCCCUAGUUAGUAGUGGUGUAACGCUAAGAGUAGGCCAAGACAAACAAUUGACAAUUUAUUGAAAAACACAUUCAAAACCUUUAACUGGCAUAAACUUGCCUUUAUUUUUGUCAAUAUGAGUUUGUUAAUACUUUUUGAAAAAUUCUGUUAAUCUUGAUCCAUACUGUGACAAUAACAUUACGUGUGCAUGAAGUUGCGUGACUGUCUGCGACAGAAAACACAUUUUAGUUCAAGUAAAGGCAACAAAACAGGUCAAAUGUGAACACUAUAGAAAAUUAGUCCCAGUGACCACCUGAAAUACUUCCACAAAGAAGCGGUUGUUAAUACACACUGUAAUGAAUCCUACACAGUAAGACAAUGAUUCAAUUAUUUCUAAAUUCACAAAGAAGAGGUACGCACUCUUUCAUUGCAAAAGAUUCCUGAUAAUCAAAGUUGAGCUAGAUUUUUUUUAAUGAACUAUCAGAGCGAAAAACAAAAACAAACAAAAAAAUAUCCCUGAAUAAUGGUUCAUUUACCAUAGUUGAAAUAAAAUGUUCAAUUAAUCACAAUAUUGUUUUGAGGUCAUUUCCCCAAGCAUGUGAUUGUGUAUGAAUAUUUUGUGGUUUAGCAGUACCAGUCUCAAAUACAGAUAUAACACCAGUGUCAAAAGACUUUUUAUAAACUUACUUGAACAACCCCAUGUUUCCAGCCUGUUAAAUAUCAAAUCAUUCAUAAUCCCUGAGUUCCUUGAAUGUCUGUAGUAAAAAAGUUGCUUCAACUAUAGAUUCAUUUUUCUUGAACCCUGCUAUGUCUUUAUCCAUUUCUGAUACUAAGAAAAGGGGGAAAAAGUGACUUUUGUGACAUGCGCAUGCAGAAUACUUUUAACUAAAACAAUUGAGUCAUGUGUUUGUACGGAUAUUGAUCUGAGUUUACAUGGAUAUUGAUCCAGAUGACAAAUGGCAUACACCCCCCCUCUAUAUGUUUGUGUAAUUUCUUUACAAAUGGGUCACAUCUGACCAGUCUCUCCCAAUUGAGGUGUCACAAUGCAGUAUUUUUCCUGAUCAGGCCAUCAUAAUUAUCACUAUUGUUCCAUGUCAGUAUAGCUUACACUGUAUUUACCUAUCAAAUAAGAUAUGGCAUAUAUUUUCAAGUGUAUAUUUCUCAAGCUUAGAUUCUGAUGGUUUUAGUAACAAGUAAAGCAACCUUUUAAAAUCUCACACAGCUCUUAAUGCAAUGCAAAAAGAGAUUUUUAGAAGACUGCACGGUAAGUUUAAUAUUUUACUUUCAAGGCGACCUUCAGGAAUAAAAUCAAAUCUUUGAAUGUUUCCACUCCCAGUGCGUUUCGGCAAAAUGUAGCUCUGCACAAACACAUUUGGAGCAGCAUCAGAUGUGCCACCGGCAGUAAAAAGCUGCUGUCUAAGUGGUUCACUCUGUUCACUGAUAUCACUGCCACAGGACACUCAGAGAGGGCACCUGCUAAUGAGAACACACUCCCCCUGCUGCACUAGUAAUAAGUGGGUGGGAGGUGUGUUUGAACUUUGGAAACCUCUCAAAUAUUUAGUGUGAGGAUUCGGAGACACGAUUAGACCACAGAAUGAUCAUCUAAGUCUAAAUAUACAACAUCGACAGCCAACACAGACACGAUGAUACAAUCUGGUUGAAAUGUUACUUCAAAAUACUAGAGUUUUGUUUGUCAUGAAGUAAGUGGGCUGAGUCAUCCAAACAUGAAAGCAAAUGGUGUUUUUGCUGGUUAAAUGAAGCUGAAUGAAUUAGUAGUCUGUAUUUUUUUUUUCCUCACAGAGCUCUUGCAUGAUCAUGAAGGGAUUGAAGUAAAAGAGAAUAUUGAAGUCUUUCCCCUGAGAGCACAAAGAGAGUUUUCUUGAAUUUAUUUGUGUGUCUAUUUAUUGACGGUUGCUUUUUAUGCUAUUAUGACAUUUAACUGUCCAGUACUGACAUGCCAUUGACAAAAGCUGGAUGACAUUUGCCCUCCUUCCUGUCAGCUCAUCUACUGACUGCACAUGACACUAAACAGACAGUUCCUCUGAAACGGUUUCUGUCAGGGGCACAAUUUAUCUCUCAAUGUUUUUUUUUUCAGGAUCCUACUAUCAAAUGUAGCAGGAUGUGUGGUUGCUGUGUGUGAUCGAACCGUGGCAUUGGCCCAGUCAGCCAUAUGGCAUGUUGGAGAGGACAUGUCGAGUGAAGAGUGUUAACCCUCCUGUAGUGAUAAAACCCACAGUACAGUAUGGAUUAAUCCCUACAGAGCUAAUGUUCUUGCUUCUUGCCUUUUAUGACACCCCAAUUUACAGUUUUCUAUGGUUGGGAACAUGUCUACGCUUGUGUAUAUUACACUCUACACAUUGGUGGUGGUAUAUACGAUAUACAUGGUAUGUUCCUGUUUUGUAACUUAGAUUUGAUCACCAUGGCAGUAUCAUUCACUUCAAAGUAGGGGUGUCCCAAUACAAUACUUUUUUUUAUAUUGAUACGAUAUUGGCACAAUCUUGUGAAUGGCGAGCUUGUAUCGGAGUGCUGAUGUCAGAGAUUUAAGAUGCCGGCCGAUAUAAUCCAAUAUUUGUUUUUUUGCUGGUAUCGGACCGGUAUCUGGUAUCAAUAUCCGAUCAGGACAUCCCUAUUUCAAAGUCUUGUUUGUGGUUGGCCAAGUUGCUCCGGCUGCAUGGUUGUUUCUGGGCCCCUCUGGAUCAUUGGUAUUUAGGGAGUAAUGACAGUAUUUACUUAUUUUGUUUAUCCUUUAAAGCCAACAUCCUACAAAGACUACAGUGAACGUACUUGCACUGCGGAUGUUUUCUCCCUUAUCCUCAUUCUGCCUUCUAUUUUUCAAUGUCUCUAGAGGAAAAAAAAAAAUCUCUCAUUAUAAAACCCUUCGCAUCCUUCCAUCUCUCUCUACCCGCCUGUCUUCUUUAGACAUCCCGGGGGUGAAUCCUCCACUUACACAGAAGCAGACAGUAGCCUCUGCUUUCCUUCACUUCUCUCUCCACUUAUCUCGUAUCCUCUCGCCUCUGAAUCGAUCAUAAUUUGAUAAUAGCUGUCUUGGUAUAAACACUGGCUGGUUACAUUAUGCACAUUAAAAUUCUUUGGGUUCAGUUAGCCGUGGGGAAAAUUGCAUUUAGCAGCAGUAUAAAUAUAUGUUAAAUGUUUUGUUCAAAAAGUGGUUGUACAUGACACAAAGAAGAGGCAAUUUAAAGGGAAGAAGAGUUGCCGAGGCUGUGACACCCUGGUAUGCCCUAAGUUUGCUUUUGUCUUAAUAACAUGAAGCAAGUUAUGAGAAGAAGAGGAGGCACAACAUUGUGAACUUCACAUGGCUGCUACUUACCGUGCUAAAUAUAAAACACUUGAUUUCUACAGAAAAUGUUGUACUUGUCACUCUGUUUUACAUUUUCAUUUGGUAUCUUUUAUUUCAGAUUGAACAGACCUCCAUCUUCCUGAAGAACCAUCAAAAACGUCAAUGUCAACUCAUGGUUAAUUCAGCAUAAGUGGGGAGUUGAAGCGACAAAGACUUAGUGAGAUGACAUUUUGUCCUUGGAAUAAUCAGCUGAACGCCUUUUUAUAACACAAACCCAGAAGCGGAGCGGCGUGGAGAGAGGAAACAUUUCUAAGUCCAUAGAUGGCCUCAGAACUCUGCAGGUGUAUUUGAGCCUUCGGACAGAAUCAAUCAGACAUGAGCGCACCAACUGGUUUCCAGGGCAUAAGGGUCAAUGUUGAAAGAGGAGAGAAGAUUGGCAACAAAGCCCAAAUCCAGUUCCCCCAUGGAGAUGAUAAUGCCAAUCGAUUAUCUUCAGUUUGUGAUCAAGAAGGAGGGGUACUGAUGGAGGACACGGCUUACAGCACAAGCACCAUUCCCCCUCUGGUCUCUCAGACUGACUCCCCGGACAAAUUGGUGAUCUGGGGCUCUGAGCAGCAGUGUGUGGAGCCUCAGCUGAGAGAGUUUGAGGUUUUGGAGUGUCAAGAAAUACAUGCAUUCUUAGAGAAUAGGGAUCAGGAUGAGGAGGAAGAUGAUGGAGGAAGUUUGAGAGACGGAAAAGACGAGGGCCCCAUGUCAAUAUCCUCAAGCUCAACUGCCAGCUCUGCCUCGACCGGAGUGAGAAGAAAUGACAAUGACAGCAACAAAGUGGAGGGCAGAAUACAGAGGGGCAGAGAGGUGCAGAAAAGGAUUGCUUGUCACAGCACUGAAGAGCUGGACACAUGCGUGACAGGCUCUACAGAGAGAAAAGACACCAGGUCAGGCAGAGCAGGAGACAGAGAGAGACGGAAGGGAGGUUUGAAGGAAUCCAAGUCAGAGACAAAUGUGUUCGUCUCAAGUCUGACAGCUGUCAACCUCAGUGGGAGUCUAUCAAGUGCGCUUGAUUCUAGCGGAGAAGUCCAUUCUCUCAUCUCACUGUCCAACUCCAAAAGCAACCUUUGUCCUAACACAAACAACACUACCUCAGCCCAGACCAGAAGACGGGCAGCCCCUGUAGAUGGCAACCAGACCUCCCCACCACUGCAUCCUCAGGAGAAGCCUCGCAUUCCUCAAUUCUACAGCCAUGAUCGGAGACCGGAGGAGCAAAGUCAGCACAGAAAUGGGACAUCUUCUGAUGUAGGCUUGGGCCAAAGAAGGAAGGCUGGAUUUGAUGAGAGGGUGAUGCAACCUCGACGGCAGCAACUUGUCAGACCCCUCUGCCAGACAGAGACAGGAAGAGCAAGGAACUCGGUGGAGUCCGGUGCUCAACAGGCUGAAACAGGGCAAUGUCCUUCCCAAAACCCCACUCUAGAUUUACACAGUAGUGGGUCUAAUAGAAAGUUUACAAAAUCCUCUUUACGUGAACCUUCAGAUUAUUCCUCUCUCUACAACAUAUCUGUAGUCUCACAAUCUAGACAACCCACCCAGGAAGUCCAGAGGGAGGCUCGUCCGGUAGAAAAACAGCCAGCUGCAACGGCAUGGCGCAACUCGAGUCCUUCCAAUCCCUCCACUCUGGACAGGAGACCCCAGACUCAGCUUACAUACAGGAGGAAUUGUUCCAGUCCUAACAGGACAGGGGUUGAUUCCAGGUCAUCUACCCCUCCACACUCCCCUCUCAGGACACCCCAGGGUUCACCACGCAGGCAACCCUCCAUGUACCUCGUUUCCAGGAGUGUCCCUGGAGUUGUUCGACACACCCCAGGAUGCAACCCUGCUGUAGCAACAUCAGCUCAGGGCUAUGGCAACAGUUGCAUGAGAGCACCAGUCAAAACCAACAUAAGCACAAGUGGAAUCCCUAAAGCGCCUCUUAACAACCAGCAGAGCUCAAGCCCCAAAGAGAGCUCCCCGUCACCUAAACUCAAACCUAAAGGAGUUCGGCCCAAAAUCAUCACGUAUGUCCGUAAGAAUCCUCAGUUCAAACCCCAGGCUGCUGAUGGACCUUAUCAGGUGUCCUCUCUACCAUCCAGGCUUUCAACCUACACUCACGGCCAGACACCUACUUCCUUCAAAGACACCAGUAAAGAACCCCCUAAACCUGACACAGAGACCAGAGGAGCCUCUGUACUCAGUGCCUCCAAUCUACUGUAUGACAAGUACCGUCAAGAGAUGCAGACGAACAUCUUCCCAUCAGGAGUGUUGAGCAGGAGCAUCAGGGCGCCUGGACACACACACAGUCACACCGCACCUCCAAAACUGGGCAGCAAAGGGGAGAACUUCUACGGGGCACCAACAGAGGUAAGUCAGUGUCACAACCAAGGACACACAAGCUGUGGACAAAUUCACACAAAUAGUAAAGAAGCUACAGGUAAUUUUGGAGGCUUUCAAACCACUAGCCAAAGAUAUUUAUGAAUAAUAUGUACGCUAUUCUGGCGGCACAGUGGUGUAGUGGUUAGCACUGUCGCCUCACAGCAAGAAGGUCCUUGGUUUGAAUCCGGGUCUGUGUGGAGUUUGUAUGUUCUCCCUGUGUCUGCAUGGGCUUACUUCCACAUCCCAAAAACAUGCAGAAGUGGGGUUGGGCUAAUCGGUCACUUCCAAAUUGCCUGUCCGUGUGAAUGUGAGCGUGGAUGGUUGUUCGUCUCUACAUGUCAGCCUUGCGAUGAACUGCCGACUUGUCCAGGGUGUCCCCUGCCUUCACCUGAAAAUGCUAGGAUAGGCUCCACCCCCUGCGACCCCCAAUGGGAAUAAGCGGUAGAAAACUGGAAAAAAAUGCACUCCAUUCUAUGUCGUAUAGCAACAAAGACCCUCUGUUAGAUUUGUUGACUCUGCACAUCAGUUUUCCCCGCUGAUGCCCAUAAUUCCUAUCCUACACUAAGUCAUGUAUAAUUGAUCACAGAUCUGCUGCAACGUAUUCCCACUCUCACAUGAGCUGCUCAUUAUCACUUUAAAAUCAUCCCUUAUUGAUUCUGAUUAAACAGCCUCAUUCAGCAUUCAUAUUCAUACAACGUCAAAGACCAGCAUGUGGGAAUAAAUAGUUAAUGCAUUUUGAAGAACAAAAACCCGUAGGGACAAUGCUCAGUGUGUCACUACACUUUUUUUUUCUAAGGGACAAAUCUUCCUCCUGAAUUAUGCUGCUGAUCUUAACAGUUUCCUCGUCUGAUUCACAGCCCUGCAGGUCAACUGCACAAUACAUUUUUUUAAAAUUGAGAUGUUUGUUUUGAUGUAUGUUUAACAGAUAAUAUCCAUAAUCACAGCAUAAAUCUUGUAAGUGGUCACAUGGCACUUCUGCAUCUAUGAAAGAUGUUAUUAGAAAUACUUGUAAUCAUUUAUCACUGAUGUUGAUGCUCAGAUUUAUAUGAUUCAACAAUACUCUAGGCAGCUAAAGUUUGCUUAAGUGGGAGAUUCAAUGCAAACAGAUUAUCUUAAGAGUAGGGCUGGAACGACACGACAAAUUCAUCGACACGAAAACGAAGCGUUGACGCGUCGUGUUAUUGUUGUUAAGAAUCACAUGCCGGUGCCUCAUGCUCAUCUAUAACUGCAGUGCACUACAGGAUGUGCUGGGGGGCAGUAGCGCUCGCUGUUUACAUCCCGCGAGCAAACACGGAAGAAGAGUGCACACGUUAUGGUAGAAUAAACUGAAAAAGACGCUCCAAAACUCCGACCCAAAACUUCAAAAGUUUGGGAACAUUUUACGGAGAAUAAACCAAAAAAACACGUUGAUCAAAGCUCAGCUUUCCUACCAUGGCAGCACCACGGCGAUGCAUGAGCACCUGAAACGCCGACACCCCGGAAAUAGGUGUUUAUAAAUAAAGAAGAUGGCGAUUAAUCGUGAUUACCCGGACGACUAGUCGAUAAGUCGACAAAAAAAAAUAAUCGUUAGUUGCAGCACUACUUCAGAGUGCUCAAAACAGUUGCAUCAGUAAAAGUUAAGACUUUGUUGAACUGUUGCAGUAUUAUUAUUACCUAUAUUUACUUAGAGCACACAUGUGUCUGAAAUUUUUAAGUUGAACUUUUGAAUAUGGCAGCAUAUUUGAUUUAAACCAUCCAAUGAACUGCCUCCAAUCCAGAUAUUUAAAACAAGUCAUGUUUCAAACUCUGUUAAUAAUUAGAAAAUGAACCAAUAGGUUUGAGAUUAUCGUCAUUAUUUAAAUAUUCCUCUUGGUUCUGGAAGCAUUGGAACAAAUGUCUCUUUGUGUUUUAAUUUGCGUGAAUUUCUUAAUUUUUGUAUCUUUUGUAUUGUUUUUGUUUCUUGUAUGACAUGGACUAACUGGGUCUGACAUAAAAUUUACCAUUACAUUACAAUACAAUACAUUAUUUGAAUGUCUAGGUGGCCAGAUCCUCCAGUCUUAAAGGAAGUACUGCUGAGGAGGCACUACAGGCUCGAACAGCCGCUCAGGCAGGAGGAAGCGGCAGUCUCUUGCGCUCUGGCCGAGGUCUGCGUCUCGGCCUGGGAGCUGUCAACAGGACUGCUGGGUCAGCCAGAGGCAGAGGGGCCGGUCAGGCCCAGAGGUCAACCCUGGUCUUCAGCCAACCCGUCCACCCUGUCAGCCCAGCGAUGGGUCAGAAAAGUCAAGAUAACACAGGUAUGAAAACAUCUCUUCACCUUUUUUUUGGAACAGGUUUAUAUCUCCUCAGGAGGAAAAGCGCUCUAGAUGAAGAGAGAAUCUUUUUGAAGUGCAGUACGUGUCAAAAUUUAUUACAGCAGCCCCAAACUUGACACGCUGGAGAGCUACCUUAUCUUCCUUCUCCUGUGCUGUGGUGGGACUGUUUCUCCCUGAAAUUGGCAUGAGAUGAAGGCAGCUCAUUAAAAUAAUUUCCCUAAGAUUCACACUCUGAUUGGAGGGUUUUAAAAAAAAAACUCUGUGGGGACUUUUUUCUGCUGAGGAAGGCUGCAGUCUACAAAACAAAAUAAAUAAAUAACCACUUGCUCAUACUUUAUCCAUACGUGCAGCUAAUUUCUUAUUCAGAUGAUUCAGAUACCAUCUCUUACACUGUCGCAGGAAUAUUAGAGUAUGAAAUUUCCUCAUCAUUCUGCGCACAGCUGGAAGGCCAUCCCGUUUAUCUCACCCAUGCAUAUUUGAUCUGCCCUCUCCCACAUAACCCAAAACUGCACGUAUAGAAUUGAUCGACGCAGUGUUAUGAUGUGCCAGGCUUCCUAAUUAUAAUCCCUAUGAAUACAUAUGUAUGUUGUUUCAGUGCUGCAUGGACCUCAAGAGUAUUACAAGCUUUGAAGUGCAAAGCAAUUAACGUUUUAAGUUAUGUCAGUAUCCUCCUGCUGGAAUCAUCCCUGCUGCAUGCCGCGCUACACUGCAUGGAUAAACACAAGCUAAAUUACCAAAUAAACUGUAUUUGUAGCAUUAGUCAGCAUUGUGUGUAUCAGUGUCUGUUGUUGUGUAUAUAAGCUAAGUCAUUUAUCUAAUUUGAUUGUUGCUGUUUUUCAUCCCUUUGCUGAGGGAGUCUGGGCUGUAACCCUUAGUAAUGUGCCAAUAAGCACAUUAUUGUCCUAGCAUCACUGUCAAUCGUACAGGCUUUUAUGAAAGGGAAUCCUUCUUAUCUCGCAUGCACAUAUAACAGUAAUUAUUCUGUGAGUUAAUGUUGAACAGUCAAAGCACUCUAACUACCCACAUAAUUACUGUGUAGGCUUGAAACUCUGAAUCAUAACAGUAAUGAGGUUCAUCCACCUACAGCGCGGGCCGUUUUGUGCUGAAGCUACACUAACUUGUGCAUAUUGAGGCUCUCAUCCUGCCGUCCUCACAGCAGUAAACCCUCGUGGUUUCUGCAGAGUUCGCUAUGCGCUGGUGUAUCACAUUUAAUAACCUGCAAUUUAACGCUUUGUGGAGGAAAUCCAUGCAAGUUGUUGCAGCUCAACCUUGGGCUGCAAUAAACAAAAAAAAAUCGGUUGGUCAUUACGGCGCUCGUCUCAGCCGCCUGUCCCAUUGACUUUUCUCAGCCUACUUUUCAUAAUUAAUUUCAAGUCAAGCUGCUCGCUCUCUGGAUGAAAGCCUAUGGAUGUUUUAGUUGUUGUCAUUCAGCAGAAGUUGUUACAAAACUAAACCUACAGGAAAAGUUGAGCAUUUGAAUUCAAGUGUUUCUUAUAGCUAAAGGGAAAACACUGCAGGGCUAGAAAACACAUGUUUAGUUGAAAGCUGUUUUCAUGUUCAAACUUUUCUAUUUAAGGGCUGCUUUGUUGCGCCGUGUCUUUUGCACAGUAGCUGCAAUUUGUGGGAUAAGAAAGUUAACAAAUGUAGAGAGGAAACAGCUAAAAUAAAUAGAAUAGAAAAGACUUAAAUUUGAAAAGAAAGGGCGAUCAAAGUCACAUAAAUAAUUCUAUCUCCAAUUUAUCCCUUGUGUGUUUUCAUUUAGCAGGGGCAGAGCGUUGUGAUCUCCAAGCUUAUGCGGAUGUUUGUCAGGCUCACUCCGCUGCCUCCUAUCUAAGAGGAGGUGAAUGGAAAAGGGAUUGGGAAGGUGCUGAAUGGAAAUGAGGGCAUUUAUCUUUAAUGAUCCUGCAUAUGCCUGACCUUCUGACUCAAGAGGCACGAGCACCGAGCUGAUAAACAGAUUACGUGGCACACGGGCAGAUAUUGAGAAAGGAAAAGAGGUGAUAAAUGUGAGCAGCAGUGUUGUAGACGCUGGAGGGGAGUUACACAGGAGACCUUUCUCCCUCUUUGUUUCGCUCCUCCAGCGGUGCUUGUCUCCUUCUCAGAAUUUUGUUUUCCUUUUGUGUUGGUUGUGCUGCUCACCCUGUAGCAUGCACUAAAACACAGCUGUGCUAAACAGAGAGAAAAAAGGAGAGCUUGCCUACCUUAUCUCUGCAGCCAGCAGGGGAUAAUGCUCCUAUUCUGCCCGGGAUCUAAACCUUUUACCGCAGGCAGGGGUAGUCAAGAUGAGCCCGAGUCCUGGGGAUUUUGCCCAGUGCCCACUGUGCGGAUGUGUGUUUGCAGCGUGUGUCCAUGCCUGCACAUCAUCUGUUUUGCUGUUGGAAACUGUAGAUUACAGAGAGGGGGGAUUUCUCUCCUUUGCUCACCGACAAUAGCUGCCACUAUGAGGCUGUGAUUACUUUUCUAUACCCUCUUUUCUCUCUCUGUUAAGUGCUUUCUUUUCUCAUAGUUUUCCUCUCUCACUUUCAACUUAGCUAUCCUUUCCGUCUCAAAGUCCAGUAAAAGGCACUUCUCUGUGGUUACAAUCACUGUAAGGCUUUAAAACAAUCAGGAAUCACUGUCACAUUAUGAACUGAAAUAACAAGCUAACAUAGAGUCAGCCCCAGGAAAGAUUUAUCAUCUUCAGUAUGUUCUGAAUUAUAGGUGUCAUACAAGACGUCCUAACGGUGCUGACAUUAGAGAAAGUGCUGGCCACUAGCCCAGUCUGAAUCAAGGCCAGAGCACAGACAGCUGUUGGCAGCUUGUUGUAGGUACAGUUAUUAUAUUUGCUUACUGUAGCAGUCGGAGUCAUAACACCAAAAACAUCCUGAUGCCCACUGAGAGCUUAGUCAACACAGGAUGCUGAAUGAUUCAUCACAUCACGCUGGUUUCUCUGCAUUUUGUUGGUAUGUGAGGGUUAAUGAGUUUACAGUAGUCACCAAAACACACACACACACGCAGAAAUUUCUCUUUGUUUUUCCUUUUUUACCAGAUGAGGUCUUUACCCACAAUGCUCCUGCCACAGUUACAGCAUCAACUCAACCCCAGGCUACCGCUUCCAGGUCUCUGCUUCCCAAAACAAGUCAGUCAGGUCUGCGUCCCCCAGGUUUCAGCUCCAGCCGCCUCCCCGCCAGCCGCCUCGCAGCGUUCGGCUUCGUCAGGAGCUCCAGCGUCUCCUCCGUCUCCUCUGCCCACUCGGCGGACAGCUCUCAGAGCGACCCCUGCAGGACAGCUCACCGUGAGUUCACACAUCACACAAAAGUGUUGACAACAUGUGUGAGAUUCACCUCUCCUCGACUUGCACUGAUUAUUUACUUCCUUCCCUUUGCACUUUUUGUUAUUCUUGCUGGUGGUACAACCUUAAAUUUAUCACCGUAUCAUGUCUGAACUAUUACCAUCAUAAUCAUCAUCAUCAUCGCAGAGUCUUUAUUGCCUCCUUCUACGAAUAUUAGUUUGCAUAAACAGAACCCUCCCACAGUCAUUAUGCUACAGUUUACUUUCUCUUCCUGAGCUCCUCCUCUGCUCACAAUUUAUUCUGCACUCUUUGGUCUCAUACUCAUGCAAGGUGCAGGUCAAUAACAAGCACCGUGUUCCAGUUUUUAGCUCAUAUUUUUGCAGCACAUGAGAGCAUAAGAGGUGUGCUUUGAUUUUUUAAUAGUUUAGAGUUGCAUAGUUUCACUGUGAGUGCGUUAAUUCGUUUUUGCAUGAGUCAAAUGUGAUUAACCCAAAUCAGGGCUCUUGUUUGAAAUAAUAAUCAAAAAGACUAUGGUUCAGAACGUUAUGACAUUGUAAAUGACUGCUUGAUUUACAAAAACUGUGAUAUAACAGACAAGAGUCUUUGCUGUGUCUUCGGAAAAGUAGACACUAUCGCCGUCAGACAGCUUGCAACCAAUUUUUGUGUCUUAGAUGUAUGUAAAACAAUCAGAGCACAAGAUGUCCCUCCCCAGAUUCAUCAGUAAUUUAACAGGCUGUAAACUAGGUCUGUGCUGCACGUUCACGCAGCAUACGCAGAGAUUACUGUAAAGUGUUUUUAACAGUUUUUGACUUUUGACUCGUGGAGGAGUGAAGGUGGACUUGACGGCUCCUUUUUCAGUGUUGUUUAGGAUGCCGGUCUCUUAGUGGGCUGAAUUUGUAGUAGCUGUAUGUGUUUUUAAUGUGACCUACAUAGAGAACGCCGGUUCUUCUUCUCCCAGUUACAGUUGACGUAAGCACCCCCGCUCUCACGCACAUCAGGCCCCCUGUUAUGUCAUCACUCCUUUCUCUCGUCCCCCUCUUUUUAGACUUGGACCGUUUCCAUCCUCCUUUUUUUUCUGUCUCUCUCAUUGGUGGAAAAUGAAAACAAAGUGUGUGGUAUUGUGGGGGAGGCCCCCUUUUAGCAUGCUGUUAAAAGAGAGCUGGAGAACUACCCAGGGGUGUUCAAAGCAGUACGUGUUCAUUUAAGCAAAGUGGCAUCAAUCUUUUAUUUUUACCACAACCCGGUCAUAGUACCUUUUUCAUAAAGGCUGUUUUCUGCGUUGUGACAAACCCCGAGUAUUAAGAAAACACUCUACAAAUUACUCUGUAGUGAAAAAAACACACUCUCCUCUUAUCGUGUCUUUUCUUCUUUAUCUGUGAAAAAGGUUUCUCCCUCUCCUGCCAGAUUUUGCACCUCUACCUCUAAGCUUACAGUCUAAAUGUUUGUGAGCCUUUGGUUUCUUUUAGAGUCUAAAGCAAUCAUCUAAAGAUGGCGCCUUCCCUCUAACAUUUUAAGCAAACAUGUGAAGUUUAAAUGUAAUGAAAUCAGUUUAUUGAACUGGGAAUGAGCUGAGAAUUACAGUUACCAUGGCACCUGGUUGCUUGCAGCUAUAUUUACAGUUUGUCACAAGAAAAAAAAAUGCAGUGAAAUCAACAAUAUUGACUUUACGCCUCCCUUUUUCUUACCUUAUUCAUGAAGAACAGUGCACAUGUUAAUAUCAGGAAUCCAUGAAGUGUUGAAAUAUUCAAGAAGGUGAAAAACGUCUCAAAUACCAGUAAAAAAAUCACAGAAUCAGAAUACUUGAUUCAUCCCAAAGGGAGACACUGGAAGGAAAUAACUUAUAUGUAUUAUGAUUUAUUUAUUAAAGCAGGUGUCAAUAUUAACGCUCAGGUUUUACUCCUGUAAUCUAUAAACUCUGAACCUCUAUGGGCUUUUGUACAGCUUUAAAAAUGCACCCCUGUAAACACAACCAUCGACACUCUCGCACAGCUCAGACACACCUGCCAGCAGAAGUUUUUUAAGUAGCGCCUGCAGCUGAAUGUUCCUCUUCCUGCUGCUGCUGCUGCUGCUCAGCGCGCGGUGAGACCCAAAUGGAAUCAAGGGUGAUAGACAUGAGAGGCUAAAGAUUAAGGGCCUUUGAUGUUCAUUUCUCUGUGUGAGUGUGUAUACGAGUGAGUGAGUGUGUGUGUGUGUGUGUGUGUGUGUGUGUGUGUGUGUGUGUGUGUGUGUGUGUGUGUGUGUGUGUGUUUGGAGGGCAGAGCAGGAACAUUUUACUUUCACUUUUGACUCUACGUGGCGCUUUUGACCUUUGGCUGCAAGGCAUUUGAACCCCCAGCUCUAUUUGAACCUUUUAGACUUAAGCGGGCUUGAAUAAGGAUCUGACUCUGUCUCUCCCAGUGUGUGGGGAGAAGUGGGUGGGCUUUAACCAGAGGACUGGUUAAAGCUUUAUUGUCCAAAAUGUAUGUGCAAAAUCAGUGACACAUUUUAGAAGUCUUAGAUUUUUCUUUCAAGCUUGAAAACUUUAAGUAUUACAUCUAGUCCUUUCUUGACUUGGGUCAAAGGGAUAUUCCGGUGUAAAAUUAAUUCAGGGUCAAACACACCGUAACACCGAGUUAGACACCCCCUGGAGAGAUGAAUGUUGCAGACUGCUUGCUUCUCUAGUUAUACCAACUUUAGUAACAACCACAUGAUAGCAAUACAGAGCGGUCUGAGGAGCCAUAAACAAACAUCAACCAAAAAGCCACUCUAUAGCCACAAAUAAUGCUCAGAACAGCACCUAACUUCAUUAACAGUACAUAUAGGGUCCUAGCCAUAGUACUAGCCACCAAACAUCUUUUUAACUUUGCCUGAUUUCUUUAGCAAAGAGACUAAACACAACUCACCUACUCUCUUCCAGCAGCUGCUUGUUUGUAGCGAGACCUGUCCAUUACGGACUGCUGCGGGGUGUCGCAGCUCAAGGAAGAACAUUUAUGAUCAUUACUUUAUCGUUUCCUUGAAGUAAUAAUCACCAAAUUAAUAAUUUUGCACUGCAGACGCGGAAGUUCUUCUGCCUUAGCGUCUCUGUCUGAUUGCAUUUCCAUGAAGAGAUGAUCAUAAAUGUUCUUCCUCGAGCUGCGAUGCUAUCCUGCGGUCGUUACUAAAGUUGGUGUAACUAGAGAAGCAAGCGGUCUGCAAUAUUCAUCUCUCGAGGGGGGGUCUAAUUCGGUGUUACGGUGUGUUUGACCCUAAAUUAAUUUUAAGCCAGAAUAUCCCUUUUAGUUGUCAUAUAUUCGUCUUUUGUUCUUAAUUAAAAAAAUGAGUCACAGCCUUUUUUGUUUCGAGUGCAGAUGAUUUAAAAAUGCAGGUUGUUGUCUGUCUGGGAGGCAUUUCAGAUAAGCUGUAAAAUUAGCGGUGACAUUUUGAAUCAAGCUCUCCCUGAUCUGAAUUUUAGAUAGUAUCAAUUUUACCCAAAAAAUAAUUGCAUUUUGAGAUCCUUAUGUACCCUGAGGCAGAAAGCAAAACACCGGGUCUGUUUCUGAGUGACUACACAAACCAAUUUGUAGUAGGGUGUUUUGAUUUGCCGCAAGCUCUCAGUGGGGUCUAAAAAGUUAAGUAGUAGUUACGAGGGCGGUGAAAGGUCUAGAGACUCUCUGAUUUCCAUGGGCUGUUUUUGUGUUCGGUCCAUGUUUGUUUUUGCGUACAUGCACAGCGGAGGGUGAACACAUGGUUCUCCUUUUUUCCUCACUCUGCCCUCUUUCACCUUUCUUAAACAUGGAUGAAAGAAAAGACAGAUCGAUGGAUGACGCAUCCUCCAAUCAAAGAUAGUGGGGGAAGCCACGGCAAAGCGCAGCGUCUCCAUUUGUAGCAAAAAAGCAGAAGAAGAAAAGCUGGGCUCAGAUGCUUGUUUUUCGCCAUUGAUCAGCAAGACUCCAUUAAGGAGUCUGGAUGGUACGGAUAGGAGGCUAGGAGAAAUCAUUAAGGAAUGGAGCGAUGGGGAGGAAAGGAUUGCAGCGCUCAAGUAAAGUGGGUUAGUGGAAGUAUCCCUGGAGUUUACAUUCCCCACUGUCGCAGCACGCUAACCUGCUCUGAUCAAUGGCUGAUGUGCAGAUGUGCCAGUAUAUGUACUGUGUGGAGAAAUGAGAGGCAGAGAUAAAGCAACACUUGAGAGAAACUCGACAUUAUUCUCAGGUGUUACCUCAUGUUCAAGGGUUGGCUUACCAAAAUUACACACCCAAAACAUUUUCCCUCCACAUAUUCCUUGACAACCAUUUGGUCAUGAUUAUAUUAUAAGAAAUCAGUCUGCUACGUUUGUGCCUGCACUCCAAUAACACAGUGAUAACUGAAUUCAGUUUCGUGCUUCUCUCAGCUCUGAAAAAUUGCAUUUAAAAAAUUCAACAGCACAAUCUCCUCCCUGAAAAAAUGUCCCAGUUAUUCAGGUUAACCCGCUACACACAGUCAUGCCAGUGGUUUGCAAUGGGAGUGUUUCUCCAUUAACAACUGACAGACAGCAGCAUAUUCUGAUGACUGCACUAUUAGAUAGAGGCAGAAAUGUGGCAAAUAAGCUUAAGAGUCAGGCUGUCAACUUCAACACAUUAAUUGAGAUGCUAUUAAGUUAUUAUGAAAAAAAAAUCAUUAUUUUUUUUUCCUGUCUGCACAAUAUAGUCAUUUCUGAUGGAAAAUAAUGACACCGUUGAGCUUUUGAAUGGCAAGCUGCCAUUCUGAAACACUCCCAGACAAGUCAUCUGAGAGGUGAAGGGUAAUGUGCACUUUGUGUCAAACAGAAUAAAAAAUGUCCUAAAGUAGUCUGAGUUUGAGACAUCACUUAGGAGCUGUAAUAGCACAGCAGGCAAAUGCGUCACAAAAGCCAGCAGAGUGUGUGAGUCACCACAGACCUCUGGGUCAGACUAAAUCAAAGAGUAAACUCCUGACUGUAGGCCAGUCAACACCAUGGAAAAACCUGGGAAAGUCCUCAGGUUGGCUUGUUAUGACCAUAACUGGGAAUAUUUUUACACAAACAGGACAUCUAUGAAGCAGUGAAAGCAGCCAAACUGGAACUCAUUGCUGCAUUUAUUUGCUGUAGAAAGUAAUCAUUAACAAUGUACAGUAUUUCAUUAAAUACACAUUUUUAAGCUGUCUCCUGGGACGGCUGUAACGUCCAGAACUCACAGGGUAUGCAUGCUGUGGUUUUGCUCCAUCUUAGGGUGAGUGUCCUGGCCCACCUGAAGCAUGUUUAGAGAAGAAUGUAGCACAGUCUGGACCAGCUGGACUCAGUAUACAGAAAACAACAUACCCUCAUUAGAUUUCUUCACCUUUCUGCUGUUGAUUUCCUCAUCAUUUGAUACCAUUCAGUGACUAAUGUGCUUCUAAAACUGGUGAAAAAGUAAUAUGAUUAUGAAGUUUAGAUUUCUGCAGGUUUACUCAUGUCCCACUUUGUUGUGUUGUUGCCUGCUGACAAAGUUUGCAGCUAAAAGUCCUAACAUUGAUCAUGGAUAGACCAUUACCUUGUUCUGGGUUAAUAAUUUGACCAUCAAUGAAUAUUUCUCAUCUAUAAUAUCUGAUACAUGAUCAGGAGAUGGCAUAUGGUAUUCACUGUUCCUGUGCUCGACAUCCUGUACUAUAGGUCUAUCUUCUCUGUUCAGCUCGAUGCAUGCUGGGCUCCGGCUCUGUCGAAAAUAGACUUGGCACGUAUCUUUAGCGGAGCAGAGCGGGGAAACGCUUCUGGGAUGGAGCGGCGCUCUCCGUGGAAAAAUGAGCGUUGACCAGAACAGGCACAUAUUGGCUCCAGAGAGUAUGGUGCUGAUGGAAUUUAGAGCACACACAGUCUGUGAGUUUUAGACUCUAGUGAUGAUUACAGAUCAUACUAACAGUGAAGCUUUAAUGUGAAUAACAAAUCUCAAAAAUGGAGAUAAAACCGUUUUGAAAUAAAAAAAUAAUUGAGUUUUAAACUUGUUUAAACUUUAAAUAUAUCCUAUUUUGUAUUUUAGGUUUACAAUCCCUUAUGAGAGAUCAUGAUUUAGAGUCACAGAUAACUUCGCAGAUAGCUAAUAGUCUUCAAGAUAACCUCAAGAAGGGGUUCGGAUUUGGCUCAGAGGUUCAAGAACGCUAUAUGUACAGAGCUUUUAUCCUCUGACUUCCAGCCUGAACUCUUCUCUGCACACCUUCUUCUGCUCUCUACUCCCCAAAAUCCCUGUUUCUCUUACCUGUCUCAUCCAAUAAAGACAAGAUACUCCACAAAUUACAUCAAAGAUCCUAAAGAUCUAAAACAGAAACGUGAUUACUUGCUCACCCUUACAUCAAGGGAACCAAGGUGACAUUGAGCCAUACUGAAGCAGACUUGAUUGAUUCAUAUCGCCUGUUUAGAUAGAAGAAAGCAUGCAAGAAUGCGUGUAUUUGUCUUGCACCUUUGAGGCUAUAGGUUACUCCAUACUAUAUUGAUUUGCCAUUAACCCAAUCCUCCUUUUAGCAGGAUUGCUGACAUCCCCAAAGAAUUUAUGGAGAUAAAAGUCUGUGUGUAUACACCCAUUACAGAAAGGGGAAGGGGCAUGUCAGAAACCGAGAGGGGCUGUGUUGUUAAUUCCACUUUGAUUGACAGACUCUAUAACAAAGCUGCGAGGGGAAACAGCAGAGGAAGACAGAAGAUGCCUGUGCCUGUGAGCUACACCAUGAUGGAAAUUCAAUUGCCAAAACAAACUUUGCAUUAUUAGAGUAUUAUCACCUUGAUCCGUCUUCUCUUCUGGUGAUAAUGAAAUAAGGUGGAAAAUCAAAUGACUGAAAGGGUAAACCGAGAAGAUAUCUGGCGGGUAGGUGGAGGGCUGAAGGGAGAUGCCGAGAUAAAAAGCAAAUUCAAUGAGUGUAAAUGAGCAGAGGGGGGAAAGAGGAAGAGAGCGUGUAAAAGUGAAAAAAAAAAAAGCAGUGAGAGAUUGGCGCAGGGCGGAGAGUGUGGAUGCCAUAUCCCAGAUGCCAUGGCUCAGAUCUGGUCUGUGACUCAUGCAAGCUCUCUGUGAACAGAUGGUUUCUAUGGUGCAUGUGCUCACACAGAUAUGCACACACUUAUGUACACACACUCGAACGCACACUUGCAGAGCAGUAAAUUAGAUGGGCCAAUUAGAUAUGGCUGCCAUUCUGCAGCUGAGGGGAGAGAAAACUAACAUGGCAGAGGUUUACAGACGCUGCUGCAGAGCCGUGACAGUGAGGAAAGGCUCAAUGGGCCCCUUCAUUAACUGAUAAACGCCACAUGUGCUGCAAACAGCUCCCUCACUAUCACUGUUCGUGAGAUUAACAGAUCAUCUGGGCAGUAACUAGCGCUGAAGAUUAAAAAAAUAAUGAUAAUAACAGCAGAACUGAAAUCUGAUAAGUAUGUUAAUAUUAGGGGUAGGAGAAAAAAAAUCAAUACAGCGUAGUAUCGCAAUAUUUUGUCCAUCCAGUAUUGAUUUUUUUCAAAUUAAUGGCUAAUAUGAACUCAAGUCUAUGGAAAUGGAAAAAUAAAAUCAAUUGUUUGUUCAGUGAGGUUGGCAGAGGCGACAUCAUAACACAGGUAAAAGUUCGUACAACAAACACGGCAGCACCUGGAGCGGAACACUAGGAAUGCAAGCAGCGCACAAAUGAGCCAUUGUCAGCCAUUGUCAACUGUUGUUAGCUACCAGUUGAAAACAACAUAUAACACAGUAUUUUUACAAACACCAUAGCACCGUGUUCACAGUUAGACAUUGGGCAGUAAAACAUAUACCACUUACUUAAUAUCACAGGAACAAAACAGAAGUGCUAAUAAAUCUUACACUGUUACUCUUUACUGUUGAUGCACUGCGCUGCCAUCUUGAAUUUUGACGUCGUCAAGUCAGGGUUGGCGAGGAUCGUCCGACUUUCCGAGUCGGAAACCCGACUUCAGGGGGACGUUCCAGAUGAAUUUCCCACUCAAGCUCGGAAAUUCCGACUUCUGAGUACGACUUGAACAACAAAAAUAAGGGAAAGUAAAAUGCUAAAUCAGCCAAGCAGUUGCAAAAAAUGUAUGAAUCGCAAAAUAUGGUAUCCCAAUACUCACUGUAUUGCAAAAUCAUAAUAUCAAAUCGUGGCGUAAGUAUUGUGCUAAUAUCGUAUCGGAGGGCCUCUAGUGAUUUCCACCCCUUGUAAAUAUGCUCUUGAACUCAUACAAAAAUAAGAGAUAUUCACUGUAUGAACUCAGGUGUUGAUCUGCAUCAGUCAAAGUAAAUUAUUAUUUUUUAAAAAUCACCAAUAACCAUGAUUGAUUCAAUCAUCCUAAAAUUUCAAUUGCAUUAUACUUUAAAAAGAACCGUAAUCAUCUAAUUAUAUGUGUGACAGCUCCCGGCCAAUCAUCUCUUUCCUGCUGAGCAAUCUUCAUCUCUGUCUACAUUGGAAAUAAAUUACUUUUUGUUCCACAGCGUGUGUCUACGGUUUUAAUUUACUUCCCAUUUCAGCUGAGUUUGUUGCGGCACUGUCUUCUUCAACAGCAAAUCACUUCUGUAAACUUUAUUUUUUAGUUGAACUGAAUGAGAGGAUGCUAAAAUAGCUUUACACAGUGUUCUGAAAACUAAGAUUUUUCAUGAGCCUCUCUGUCAUCCCACAAUAUCAGAAAACUUAACUCAGUUCUGUGUAUCAACCUUCUAUGCCAGUCCAGGUUCUGUAGAGGUCUUUGCCAGUCCUUAUGUCUCACUUUUUAUUUGUUUUAACCCUGUAUGGAACCACUUUUUUUAUGUGAGGGAAACACAAUGAUGUGAAGCACCAUUGAUGCUUUAAUAGUGUUGAGGAAAACCGGCUGCAUCCAUUGUCACAGGUGAGCUUGGAAAUAUCUAGUGUUUCAGUUCAGUGCAGUUCAUUUUAUGGGAACUGUUAGCACAGUAGUAAGCUGAGUUUCCAGUGGUCUAUAUGGGAAACCUUAUCUUAGUGUGUCGUUUGAGGACACUAAGGAGUAAUGUUUCAGUCUGUUAAUGGGGUCUGAACCCUGACCGUCUGGUUCAAAGACAGUCUGCUGCAUCCAUAAAUCCCUGUGCCUCCAUCUCGUUCAAUCCCAGAAGUUCAGCUAAUUGUUAGUUUCUCAUUCUCUCCUGAUCUAGCCUAAUCCUUUUGAAACUUUUGUUAUGCCCUGAGCCUUUCCUUCUUAGGGAUACUUGGCUAUUGUGCUCAGCAGAUUCAGGGCAGCACUAUCUCCAGGAAGAGAAAAUCUUUAUCUCCAGACAUGCUUCAGAGAUUAUAAAUAGAGACCUGAAUUAGCAUUUUAGUGGGUGAUGUCUGUGAUUUAUUCAGAUUUCAAAUAAUGCCAAUCAACUCAUUUCAGUAGUCUAGAGAAGGGAGCUCUUUAUUGGCCAUAACAGAAGACAAACCCACUUUGUGUCUUUUUUUGUUGGACUGAGUCUGUAAUUUUCUGACAACCUGGGCUGACAGAGGACAGGAGGCCUGUGGAUGCUGCUGUCAGCCCCACUGCUAUCAUCUAAUCUCUCCGUCUGCCUGCAGCUCAUAGUGUCUCUGCAUGGUCACUACUUUGUACUUUAUGUAUGCAGCUUUAACCUUGACUUUCAAACACUGCAGAUGCACUCUUCUGUGCUUUGCAUUUGGAAAGAUUUGUUGCCAGGUGGUACACAGACAAAAAUUUGCAUUCAAUUAAAUCUCAAACUCUGCACCCAAGUAUAGUUAUAGUCCUCCAGCAAAGCUUAUGGAGCUGUGGACAAACUUUAGAAAUUAAUUACACAGAAUAUUAAUUUUCUCCCCCCUGCUUGCGAUGUUGACAUGUAGUUACUGUAAGACUGGUUUGCGCUCAAGUCCUCUUUUUUUCUGUACAGCUCCAUUUUUAAAAGUUAUUAGGGGGUUCAUGUUUUCUAUGAUUGACACUUAAUACAGCCUAUGGGCCUACGAAGAUUACGUAGCUCACUCGGGGGAUACGCUGAUUGAGCCGAGCAUCAUCACUUGAAUCUCAGCGACUCUCCCGCCAAAUGCGUAUAAUGCUACUGCGCAAUGUUGGUUUCAGGGAGUGGAGAAAAAACGCAGAAUUACAGAGAGCUUUUCGGCUACAAAUCUGUAUACUGGCGGAAGGCGGAGCCAAAUUGUCCAUAGUAUAUACAGUCUAUGGUUGCAAAUCUCUUAAUUUAAAGGUCAAAUUUUUGGUUUCUAAUGACUCAGUCUGUGAUAUUAAACGUCUUAAUGCUGCAAAAAUUUGUGGAAGUUAGCCUCAGCAGAGGCUGUGGUGGCUGAAAUGGAAUAUUUUAUGUUUUUUUCACCUUGUUAACAUACAUUUGAUACAAUCAGGCUAGAGGGCGCAGAUAGCAUCAUGCAAUGAGACAAUUCUCCAACCAAAGAGGAUUCGGCUUUAUCUGAUUGUUAAACAGUGUGUGUAAAGUAAAAAGAAAUGACAGUGGCCACUCUCGUUUCAUGAAUGCAAGUGGUACAACUCCCUAACAAGUCCUUCGUACUUGAACUCUGAAACAAACACUCAUUGCUUAUUAUUAUUAUUAUUCAAAUAUUUUUAUCAAGUUUUUCAAAAGCAGAAACAAACACAUCCACCAAUAUAAAGGGCACAACAUACAAACUUCCUACAUACAAAAGCUCCGAUGAUAAAAAGUGUUUUCUUACUUGGAUUUAGAGGAAUGUCAUAUUUGAGUUCCAGUAUCUCUGGUAGGGAAUUCUGUGGUGAAAUAAUCUAAAAAAGGCUGCCAGACUGUAUAGAAUCUUUUGACGGAUCCUCGAGAAAUGCUCAUUUAAUGUGUAAAAUAUAAAUAACUUAGAAACAAUAUAACUUUCUCUCCCUUUCAUGUCAAACCUACUACGCUGCCUAUUAGCUAUCCACUAAAUAUCCUGAUGAAUCAAAUCUUACUGGAUGUUGCUAUUUUUUCUGUGUUCUUUGUGGUAUACAGUGCUAUUUGAGGUAUUCACUUAUUUCCCAGGGGCUUUUUGUUUAGAAGAACGAGAGCGAUUUAGUUGGCACGUCAGCACUGCAAGCUGUGCACCUGGGCGUGUGCCGCGUGUGCUGUAAUCAACCUGGACUGACUACAGCAGGAUCAAUUCCUUUAGGACAGCAGGAGGGUUUCUCUAGCAGAAUGUGAACGUGCUGACUGAGCUGACGGGUCCGGAUUAGUGAAAUGAAACACCUCCAAUGUGAGUGACAGUGCCAAUUUUACAUGAAUAUGCUCAUGGAUAAUUGAGAAAAAUAAGAGUUUAUGUUGUGAGAUGUUUGUGUCUUUUCCAACUGCUGUGUAGGACUGAGAUGUGCUGGCGUUAAUUUUGACUGAAGGUGCAACCUGCUCCAAUAAAAAUACCUCCCAUGGAGCAAGGGGGAAAACCUGCUGUCUUUUGUUCUCAGCCCUUCCUUUCAGCUCAUGGUCCCUUUUUAAUAACUUGUAAAUUUGUAUCUGUCUUCAUAACAACCUAAGUUCACUUCUGGCUUCCUCUUUUUAUUCCUCUUUUCUUUUUUCAUAUCCUUUUGUUUGUCUUCUCUUCAUCUCAGACAGCCAGCGUCUGUCUUCCCUCUUCCUUUUCCUCUUCACACUCUAUCCAUCAUAGCUGGCAUUUUGCCGAUCAGUAAUGCACAUCAGCUUGCUCUUCCCAUUAAUGAAAUACAUCCCUCUUUUUUUCCCUUUCUUUAAGCAGCUGAAUUCUGAUUGCCUUUUUAUCAUUCACGGCAUCACUCAGUCCUGUAUCUUUGACUACCGACCAUCAUCAUUUACUCUUCCUCUCCCUGCUCUGCGCUCAGGGAAUUUGUCUUCACAUACUUGACCUAUGACUAAUGAGCAAACCUCUGUUCAUAUCAACCGCACAGUUGAUCUGUGUCAAUACAAGGCUCUGUCAAUGCAUUUGAGGAGAGAAACCUGGGAUUUAUUUAUUUUUUAACAGAAUUGUUGGUAUUCUGAGGGUAGUAAUUAGAGAGAUAAGUUACAUUACCUCAGUGCUUGGUCCAAGAUCAUAUCUGGCCUGGACCCAUGCCCUUGACUGGUUAAUGAGGAGGAAAUACUGUAAACAGCCCAGCUAAUUUACUGCCGGAGGAGCUCUGAGAUGAUGAAGUAAGCUUUGGGAGUGUUUAAUUUAUCACUUGUAAAAGACGAACAGCACAGUGCACACUGCAGUGAGAAAUCAUGGCUAAAGGCGUACCUUCAUUAACAUUAGCAUACGCUUUGUGAUCAUUAACUUAAGUUUCUUUUUUUUUUUUUUAUCGAUUAGUUUAGAGCCGAGAACCACUGCUGUUAGGUUUUCCCUUUUAAACAUUUCUGAUUUUCGAGAGGGGGUCAUAGCCAACUCUGUGGUUUUGGCACAGACUGUGGUCUCAGCCACUAGGGGCGCUAUAGAGACUAGUCCCUGGCAUGAUCUCUUGUGGCACAGACCAUGGUCUCGGCCACUACGCGCGCUGUAGAGACUGGAAGAGACUACUCACUGUCUGGUUUUUGCGGUUUGUCAGUUGUCAGGAUCAGUAAUUAAGCGGUUUGUAGGUUGGUUUUGACCUUUAAUAAACUGAGACCACGGUCUGUGCCACAGGAACCACAGGAGACCACGCCAGAAACCAGUCUCUAUAGCGCCCCUAGUGGCUGAGACCACGGUCUAUGCGGCUGAGACCACAGCCUGUGCCAAAACCACAGAAUUGGCUACAACUGCUGCUGAGAUUUUCCCAAUUUACACCAAGUCUUUGGACAUGUUUUAUUUAAGAAGGGGUUUGUGACACAUUAGAAUGACAUUAAUUAUGAGGUUUUUCAGAAAAUAGUUUUGCUAAUAAUGACCUCAGUGCAGAUCUUUUACUGGGGUGUGGCUUUGACCAAGAGGCUAAAUCACAGGUUGAAUAGGCUAUAGCUAAGGUGGGCAAUCUAUAUCCAAUUCCUAUACCUGCAGCCCAUUACUGCAUUUCAUUCCCCAGUAAACCUGUUCAAUUUUGACACGAAAGGCAAGAUGACUCCGUCUUAAAACCAAGAUGGUUUUGCCAAGCUAAGAGUUUUCAGACAGACAGACACUGCAGACAGUUUCUCUACAUGUUCAAGUGAGGGGCAUUAAAGUGAUUUCAGAUAGACAUUUUUUGUGGCUUAACAUGGAUGUGUUGACAACAUGAGAGGUUUCUGCAUACAGAAAUGUAAUAUAUGACACACAUGUCCAUAUAUCAUGAGUGAUAACCAGAUCAAAAGAUAAGAAGAACAUAUUGAUCCCCAAAAGGAAAUUCAAUCUGAUGUUGCCACAUGUUACACAUAAAUUAGCAUAAAUUACAUUUCUGUAUGAGUCAGGUCUUUUGACUGACAUUGAGCAAUGCUAAUAGUUUGCUGAAAUUUAGCAGUCCAGUUUGUGUGUUGCUAACACACACAAACACAUACAACAACAAAUAAAAUAGAUUAAAAAAAGAACACAUUUUUUUUCUGUUUUAGCAUCAGCCGAUGAUUUGCUUUGCAGAUAAAGCAAAAUAAACAACUGAUUGACAGCUAUCCACUACCAUUUGCGCUUACGUACAAAUUUAUGCUAUGUUGCUAGGCAACAUGACCUCAGUGCGACAGGUAGAAAAAUUGUGAUGAUUACAGUCAGUUGUCUUUUCUUCCAUGAUCCAUUUAAAUGUGUCUGUCAGAAGAUGAUAGUAAGAGAACGAUCAGUCCAUGGUCAGCUGGUCCAUCAUCAGAAAACUGACACUUGACAGCAGCUAGUGGAGGCAGCGACUGUGCAAUCAGCUGAUAUGCCCCCAGCAUCUUAAAUCUGAGGUUACGUAUCAUUUUUUCAUGAUUUUGAGACCUUAGUUUACAUACUAAGCAAUAUUUUUAUUUCAGCUCUGCAGUAAUAUGCAAAUCGUCUUUGUAGGCAACCAAAUGAGCCGAGGUGUUAAACCAAUUCUCUGCUCCUUUUUUACAACAUUUCAGAUUUCAUGCAGUAAACAUUGAGUGAAAGUAUAAAGGAUAAAGGUGUGUUUGUAAGUAGUGUGUGGGUUUUUUCCUGCCCUAGGAGAUAGAAUACCUCGGUCAACCACAAAACCCACACCACUGGUUAAGCUGCUCCUCUGAAUAUAUGAGGCACCCUGCAGAGUAGCCUAUUAUUCUUACCCUAAAAUCCUCGGGGGCUUGGCUCCAGCAAAAGACAGUACAGAUUGUACACCAAAACAAGCUCCUGAUAUCUAAAUUUCACCAGUAGAUGUUUGUGUGAGUUUGGGCAAGUGUGUUUUUUCCUCUUUCUAAAAAAUGUACAAAUCUGUGCGGCUGCAGGGUGAAGUUUGCCCUAAAUGGCUUAAUCCUCAUCUCACGGCUUCAUAUGGGCAGCUUCACAUUACAGUGUUCAUCAGUCGCUUGUACCGCUUGUCACAUGAAGACGGUGGGGAAGUGCAGGCAAUCUGUGGUGUCAUUAUUGAUCGGGGGGCGAGGAGAUGAGCAGGAUAUACGAAGUGUGUGAGAGUGUGUGCUUGCAAGUGUGUAAACUACCCACUAGUCAUUUGAUAGAUUAUAGCUGCACGAUGGGCCGGGAUGAGCGAUGAUCAGGGUGCUGCUGUGUGUGAGCGCGCAUUGUAUUUUCUUCUUUGUGUGUGUUUGUGUGCUCAUGUGGAAGCUGAAGUCUCCCUAUGUAAACAUUUGUCUACAAGCGUGUGAGUGUGUAGGUGUGUGCGCAGGAUAAGUGUGUCGCUUCUGGCUAACAAAGGGAUGAUUGAGUGUAGCAGCAAGAAGACUCUGAGGUUGGAAACCAUUUCUCAGUCCAGUGAACCUAAAUUUAGAUAUAGCACAGCUCUAUUAGGUUGUGAUUGAACUAAUGUGCUGGUAGGAAAUUGGUGGGAAAUGGUUUAUAAUGAUCAAAAUAGACAAUCAGACCAGAGACUGUGUAGGUGUAUCCGCUAAAAUAAAACAUACCUGUGUGUAUUUCAGGUCUGAGUGUGAGUGAGGAGCCUCCUCUCCACCGGGUAACCACCGCCCCUCCGGCAACAGACCACCAGAGAGGGCCGCCAUGUCGCAGCAACAGCCUCCAGCCCCCCUCAACCCCGGCUCUGCCCCGACGCUAUCUACCUGCUCAACCAAGAAGCUCCCCUGGAGGUCAGUUCGAAGUAUUUUAUCUGACAUUAGAGUGUAAUUUUUUCCACACCACAGAUACCUUCUGUUUCGGGAUUUUCAGAACUGGAAGAAAGAUUACAUUUUCAAGCAUGCUCGCAAUUUUAAACAAGCACAAUGUGUUCCUGAAGCACAAGCUCCUGCUUUCAGAGGCUUUUGAGAGCCAUUUGAGGACUACUCGAAGCCACUUUCAUCAAACUCUGACUCUGUGGAUCACUUAUCACAGAUCCAAGGGCAAAACUACCUUUAAGUGUCUUUUAUAGCCAUUUAUUUCAGACCACACCUGCACAUCACUUUGUUUUUUGCUUUUUUUUCAAUUGCAUGCCCUCCAGGAAGUGCUUGGGCUAUUUUAAGGUCCAUUAAAGAAAAAUAUCUUAGAGUUUAGAAUAGUAUACUGCUGCUAAUAGGUUUUUUAAGAAUGUGUAAAAUCACAACUGCCUGUCUGGGAGUGAGAAAGCACACUGGUGGUGAUGCUUUUCACACAAACAUAUACAUUUCACACAUGGCAGAAGCCCAGUAGUAUCACACUUGAGUCACACUUAAUGCAUGUCUUAAAACUUUUACAGCAUCUCACUGAAUAAGUGAAAAUUCAAAGAUCUGCCCCCUUCUGCUGUUGUGUGAAAACUAACAAUGUGGACAUUAAUGUAGUACUGGUUCCAACAGGUUUUCUCCCAGCCGUGCCGGCGUGCUCUGAAUGCAGACAGUGUAGUGUCUGUGAGAAGAUUAUUCUCACUCUUUGUUUCUGUAGGCCUGAACUGAUUUUAAAUGUGCGGUAAAUUAUUGAUGAGGGAUCCUGAGGAGUCCUUGUCAACCUGCGAGCUCUGAACAGACACCACUUUAUCUCAGUACAAAAAAGACUCACUUUGUCAGACAUUUGCGCAUACGUCUUAUCUAUCCACAGACUCCUCUGUCCAGCUGAGCCUCUGAAAGCUUAAGGCAGAUAACACCCACAAAGAAAGAGAGUCAGGGCUGUACCUAGCAGGUGACAUAAGGAAACUUCCUCUGACUGCACUUAAUAUUCCUGAUCCUCCUCAGGGUGGUGCCCUACGCUGACCAAAGCUUUGUGUUGAAUAUUAAUCAAAGAAUGGCCAGCAGGGGGCGAUUCUACAGGAUACAAAAGCAGCACGGCUGUAAGAACAUUAUUGCAGUUCUCAGUUUAGCUUCUUCUGUAAACAAUUUACUUUUUAAAAUUAUAGUUUUAUUUUUUUUCAACACAGCAUGUGUUUUUCUGUUUUUCUUCUUCUUUUAAUAAUUUGGUAUAUGUUAGGAAAGCAGGAUAUUUGAAAAGUUGCUUCCAAGUCAGACCUUAAUUUUUUGAAAGCAAAUGUUUAAAUGUUGGAUUUCAUUACUAUACAUGAGCAAUGAUUCAGAUUGCAAGGUUCAUGUGUGUUGAAGUAUUCCCCAGGCACCCAGAUAGGACUACAGGGUGCUCUGAAUGGCUUCUUUAAAAAGUCACAAUAAAAUUCAACAAGCUCAAUGUGAAAUUUGCUCAAAUUGUGACAUCAAUAGACAGUAAAUUUCCUUAAAAGGGCAAAUUUAUGAUCUUAUAACAAGAAACACAACUUUGUUGCAUGGCAACAGUGAAGGAUGCUUCCAGAAUGUUAGGUUCUGGGAUGUUAGCGGGGAAGGGCUUAAAGGGACAGUGGCUUAAAUUAAGUGUUACAGACAUGGGCUGGAUUAAAGGUUUUCAAAGACAGCAGCCUGAAAUGUGUGAAGAAUUUGUCAAACUUUACAUCCACUUUAAUUCUCAUUUUAACUUUGUUCUAACAUUAGUGUUAAGCUCAAAUCACUUUCAGCAUCUUUAUGACCACACACAACUGCGCCCAUGACUUAUUCUUCUCACGUUAUCAAACACUUCAAAGCUACAAGUCUUUCAUACUCUCAUUAGUACUCAGAAAUGAACUGUAUAAUUGGUUUACUGUGUGUGUGGUAGCUUGAACAUGCUUGACGAUAAUUCCUCUCUGUAGCCUAAAAACUAUAAGCCGUACGGUGCAGAGAUGCUGAAAGGCAUGAGACUGUUCAUAGAGAUUUGUAGGUCACUCCAGGCUACCAAAUCAGGUUUGGUUUCGUUCCCAAAAAUUCAACACCAUAAAGCUGAGUAAAUUAUCAACAUAUAUUUCAUUACAUCUCAGCACAAGUUGACUUUACAGUCGAUCUUCAUAUACAAGUACAAGACACUCCUGUCAGUCCCACCACUACUACCGUGACAGUGUGUGACAGAGUGUGAGUCUGGAGCUCACUUGGCAGUAAUAAGCCACUCUGAGACUUUUCAUGACCGCACUAACACAUGCACAGUGAACACAGACACACACACAGAGACAAAGACAAACCCACACACACACAGUGUCUCUGCAGGGCUGGAGUAUCUCUCCUGGGUUUUUUGGGGUGGAUUUGUUCAGGAUCAGAGGCUCCUCUCCCAUUACAGGUCUAAUUAGUUUCUUUUCAAGGCCUCUCUCCUUUUCUCCUCUCUGCUUCACAACAGAUUUGAAGCUAACCUCCUGCAACCUACUUCCUUCACUAUCAUCUCUUCGUCUUUUUCUUCUUAAGCAUUUGAAAUUUGUGGGCUGAUGUGUCUUGCAUUCAUUGUUUCAAAUCACUGACUUUUACUCCUACACAACUCAGCAACAGUGUCACAGAGUUCAUCAUUGUUGUCUGUCUUAUCUGCAAAGUGCAUCACGUCACAAAAAGCAGAAGGGUGAUGGGCUCAUCACCCUCAAAGCUUCUCUUUGACCCAGAGUCCUGUGGGACAUAGUUAUACCGCACAGCAGGGGGGAGGAGAGAGCUGCAGAUGAAAGCAGAAGGAUAACUGAAAGAUUGAAAAAAGUUAGUUGAGGGGGAAAAUCAGUGAAGAAAUAAAGAUGAGAGAGUGAGGAGUUGACAGGGAGGAGAGUGGGUUUGAUGCAUGUCUGUGUACCUGUGAGGAUGUUUGACAAGAUUGACAUAAUCUGUCAUAAUCUGAGGUGUUUUUUUUUUUGACAGUUCACUUCUGCAGUAACUUCUGUUAUGUAAAUACUAAUGUGUGUUACUGUUGAUUGACAGUUGGCAGGAAGGAGUUUCAGCGGAAUUCAGAGGUCACACGUUCACUCCCAUCUUCCCCAAAGAGGCUGGCGGUGGUUCCUCCAAAACCUCAGUCCCCAGGUGAGUCUCUCUUCCCCUUCACACAGAAAUAGAGAUGUUGAAAGUUUUCUUUCUCUUCCUUUACCUGGGGAUCAAAUUAGAGUCACACAUAACCCAGAAAGAAACCACAAUAGACCAUUUAUGAAGCUUACAUUUGACUCGUGAUAGGCACCUCUGUUAACUCUCUGCUUAUUCCAGAGUUUACAUUUCUGAGCUACACUGCCAUUAAAGGGAUAUUCCGGCGUAAAAUUAAUUUAGGGUCAAAUAGACCUUAACACCGAGUUAGACACCCCCUCGAGUGAUGCAUGUUGCUGACCUCUUGCUUCUCUAGUUAUACCAACUCUAAUAACAACUGCAUGAUAGUAAUACACAGCGGUCUGAGGAGCCAUAAACAAACCUCAACCAAAAAGCCACUCUAUAGCCACAAAUAAUGCUUAGAACAACACCUAACAUUAUCAACUGUACAUAUAGGGUCCUAGCCAUAUCACUAGCCACCAAACAUCUUUGUAGCUUUGCCUGAUUUCUUCAGCAAAGAGACGAAACACAACUCACCUACUCUCUUCCAACAGCUGCUUGUUUGUAGCGAGACCUCAGGCCAGUCCGUUAUGGACUACAGCGGGGUGACGCAGCUCAAGGAAGAACAUUUAUGAUCAUUACUUUAUCAUUUUCUUGAAGUAAUAGUCACCAUAUUAAUCAUUUUGCACUGCAGACGUGGUAGUUCUUCUGCCUUAGCGUCUCUGUCUGAUUGCAUUUCCAUGAAGAAAUGAAGAAGUGAGUUUUACCCUAAAUUAAUUUUACACCAGAAUAUCCCUUUAGGGCGAAUUUUGCCCUCAGCAAUGAAAAAAUCAAACUAACAAAGUCCUUUUAACUUUGUUGAUUAGGGUCAGAAGAAAAUAACUGCAUCAAGAGAGUAUCAAAAAUUAACUUAUAAUAUCAUUAUGAAAUGUUUAUAAUGCUCCCUGAUGUUGUUUUUUUUAUAGUGCCUCGUUGAGCUUGAAUAUUUGUCCAAAACUUUAUUUAAUAACUGCAACUCAAUCGUAUCAAUAGCUCUUGGUCUUAAUACAACACAAUGUGUGUAAAUAAAGACAUUAGCUACUGAAACCAUGAUAAGCAUUUUGGCUACAUUCAAGUGAAAACACUUAGUAUGAAAGGUCUUACAAUUUGCUGCUGUAUGCAAACAUCCUGUACUGAGACACUUGAAUAAAAUGGUGUCAUCAUCAGCUUUUUCACUGCUCUGGUUUGAAUCACACCACUAUUUCACAGGUACAAAGUUGUUGUUCUCUUUUACUUUCACCAGCUCUUUGGCUCCCAAUCCUCCUCUUAAGACCUCACACACACCCUACCUUCCAAAACCCCUCUAAAAAUACCCCUCAUUAUUAUGACCUCUUCUUAAUCCACCCACACCAAGAGGAAGACGCUUCCAUCCUUUUAGAUAUCCGAUUCUGGAUUUGAUCCAUGCUGUCUGGACUGCUCUUCCUCUUGGCUCUGCAGCACAAAAAUGAUUUUCUUACAGGAUUGCAGAGGGCCAUCCUGUCGUUCCUUGCAGAGUUGGCAAACACUUCCUCAGGCUACACCUCUUCUCUCUGUGCUUACUUUUCUAUUUUCACUAAGGUGCUGCUGUUACCGUUCACCCUUCUCUCCCCUGCUUCUUUUGCUAGACCCCGUCUCCUCCUACACAGUAUAAGAACAUUUAUUUCCUCUCUGGUCUUCAGCACUAUCUCACAAGCAGAUUUGCUAGUCUUUUUGCAGAUUUGGUGCCCUUGCAUGAGGAAACACUAUGAAUAAUUUGCCCGAAAAUUAAAUUUACCAAGCCUCACUACUCUUAACCACAUCUUAGCAGAAACAUGCACCCUGCUGAGUCUGCUAUCAGCUUCUCUCAUUGUUUUUCAUUGCAUUUUUAUACCCCCUUCAUCAACCCUCCUACUAUCAUCAGCAUGCUGCCUUCACACUCAGCCCGUGAACUCAUUUAGUAUUCACUCAACUCUCCCAAACCUUUCAGGUAGAACCUGCAGAUGUCUAAGUAUGUGAGGAGGAGGAAGGAAUAAUUUACACAAGACUUGUAGUCCUUUCAAAGACAGGGAAUCCUAAUGUGCCUCCAAGGCAGAGACACUGAUGAAGAUGUAAUGCUGAAACAUUCUCUGACAUGGUAUAGAGGAAAAGCCUGGAUUAUUGGAUGCUAUGAAAGCUACAUCUGCUUUUCUUUUCUCUUUUCAUUUUUGGUCAACUCAUUUUUCCUCGUUAAAUGUUCGAGUUGCUCCUUUAGAUACCCCCCCCCCCCCAUUUCUCACUGAAGUCUUUGUCUGUCCUCACUCUCCUCUCAUUUACUCAUCGCCAACAGCAUUCCCUUUAUUUUAUCCCCCACCUCCCUCAAACCGAUCUUGCUCUCAUUACCUGGGACCCUGCACCCCAAGCCCAGCCUCGCGUUGCCAUGGCGAUGGCUCCUCAUGCCUCAGUAGCCCUGAAUGAUAUGGUUAAGGCAGGUGAUGUGGAGCUGCAGUGAUUUCAUUACCGUGUGUGUGUGAGUGUGUGUGUACGUAUUCACGCAAACAGACUCGUGUGUCAGUUUGUGCGAAUGCAGAAGAGGCACAUUUUUGAAGAGGUUUGAUGCAUCCAGAGUAGUGCUGUGUUGUGAUGCUACAAUUUUCCACAGGCAAGUGCUAAAUCACGUAAGGUUAAGGUAACUCACACUGAGGUUAAUCUGGCGGCGUGUUCGGCUUAAUCUUUGUGAUGAAAAAGGGUGUGUGCGUGUGUUUUUGUUUGUCUCGCCUUUCAUUUACCGCCGCAAUUAAUGGGUCAAGACUUUGCUGUAAUGUGGCUAAUUAUUUCACACUCACACAACACAAAUUCUCGGAUAUUGUAACGGCGCCUGUAGAGGACGCAGCUCAAUCAUUUCUUCAUAUCGGUCACAUUCAUCAUGAUUAGACGGUCCAUCAUGAAGAACACCAGGCUGGGAAUCACCUCAAGGCUUCCUCUGUAGAAAAGAUUCAAUUAACUUACCAUCAUUUAUCAUAAGAACACAGUCAUUAGGAAUAGGUCAGGUCAAAUCUCCUCUGAUUUAAUACUCAUCAAUUUCAUUAUCAUGGACGGAUGUGUCCUAGUACGAUUGAAAGAUGAGUACAUGAAUUAUUAAUGCCAUUUGGAUGAUAUCACUAAUUUGUAGAUAUGAUUGAAAUAUUUCUACAUCAAAUGUACUCAGUUUUUUAAAUCCAAUACCUUUUUAAUCUAAAUUUAAUAAUCUGUAUUUGCUUUGCCUCCCGACAGUCCAGUCAGGGCAGCGGCCGGCAGCAGCAGUGAGAGGAUCAGCUCCCCCAGGGUCCCCUCGCCGUGUGGCUCCCCUGCGUGUGCAGCAGGAGCAGCAGGAGAGCCUGCAGAGAGAGAAAGAGGAGGCCCAGCAGAAAGAGAGAGAGAGGCAAGCCAUAGAAAGAGAAAAAGAGGAGCAGAGGGAGGAGGUGAGUCGUCGGGAGAAUCUGAAGCACCGCUUGGAGUUUUUGCGGUUUUUACAAUCUCUUUCAAAUUCUUUGUCGCUUAGGUUCAGAGGCUGCAGGGACGCUGUGAGCAGCAGGAGAGGCAGCUGAGAGCCCUGAGAGAAGAACUGAGGAAGACCUCCUUGGGUCUGGAGGCCUUUAUUAUCAGCACCCAGCAUUACUGCCUCAAGGUAGUCAGUUUGGAGAAGCAAAGCACCCGUAAAAGUAACACUGAAUUUGUUUGACACCAAGAUGAAAUAAAAAUGUUCUCAUGGUGGACAGAGCAACUUCCCAUCAUACUCUUUCUUUUCCCUGCAAUACAACCUCUGGAUCCUCAAAAGGGUUCAUUUAUGAUUUUUGUUGCACACAACAAUCUUAAUCUCAGAAUAUGCAUUCUUACAUGCAACUCAAGCAGUAUUCAUCUCCUUGAGGUGAGAUAUAGAGCGCUGUCCAAGCGCUGCACAAUAAGCAGGAGUGAUUGCACCGUGGGAAGGUUCUUCCAGAGUUCAGUGUGUCACAGAGCAGGUUCCAUCCAGCUCUGUGAGCCUGAUGGAGUCGUUUGGUCUCUCAGGUACCAUAGCUGUAAUACCACUGACUGUCUGGGGACUGUCUGACUUCUUUAUGGUCACUGUCUGGGAGAUGCAAUUAUAGGUUUACAGUGCAAAUACAGCAGACAGAAAUGGUGCAAGUGGGGCUAUGUUUGAGUAUGUAAGAGCUCCCCCUGUUGUCAGCAGUUGUUAACAUCACCAGCAGGUCACAGAGGUAGAGAUUUAUCCGCAUCUUUUCAGUGCUGUAUAUUCUCACUGGUAUUUUUUACGUAGUUUUUGUUCCAGCUGAGUGGUUUUCUAUUAUUGCUUUUAUGUGAACGACAGGAAUCACUGGGCAGUUUGAAAAAGAGAACAUAGAAGACACAGUCUCUUCCUACAAGUAUAGAAGCUUUAAACUUGAACCUUUUUUUUUCUUUGGUAAAUGAUCGAGUAAAAAAAAAAAAAAACUUCCAUCGACCUCAGCUUUAGCUCUGUGAUAUUCACUGACUAACAAAUGUUGGCAAGUUUUACUGAUAAUUAAUAUCCUAUGCUCAACAUCAGCAAGUUUUUUUAAAGAUGAAGAUAAGAUUGCUUUAUAGAAAAAACUUAUUUGACAGUUCGUUUUUUUGUCAUAUUCUCUUUAGUUAGUUUAGAUCAUUCAGGUAAUGGAUUUUGUUUUUAUUUUUCCAGAAUAAAACAACUGAAGAAAAUCAAAGGAAAUUGUCGAUGGAAAUGGAAAAGAUCAAAGAGGAAAUGGGUAAGUGAACAACCUUUUACUUUAAAGCUCCUGUGAUGAUUUUGGUGCCCCCUCCUUUAUCUCAUCCUCUACAUGCUUAAAUAGUGAUGCUUUCACAUAUAUAUCUCGUUCUGCUGACCUCUGACAGUCACAUGUAUCAUUUAUCAUGAAUAUUCUUUACGGAUCUUGUAGAAACAGCGCUGUUUCUUCUGCUAAAAGGCCGACACCUACUCCCUUGCCCAGACCUAAGACACUGAAAAUUAGGAUGUAAAAAUCUUAAAUCUUGUCCCUGAUGGCCUUGUUUACUUUUGGAUAUCAUUAAAUGACAUAAAUGUAAAUCUUUCAUGAACAAAAAAAACUUCUUAUUAGAGCUUUAACAGAAAUAACAUGAACAAAUGCUCAGUUUUAUUCAAGUCUAACGGUAUUACAUGUGGAAGACAGCCAGGUCACACAAUAACAGGUCUUUUAAACUAAUAAGACAUCAUUAUUUUAAUUAAAAUAGCAUAUAUAAUAUAUGUAAACUAAAUACUUUUGGUGUUGUUGUGUUUAAUUUAAUGUUGCUCAAAUUAAAGUUAAUUACCUCUGACUGCAGUAUCUAUAGUAAAAGAUGCACAGUAAAACUUUAAGUGGGUUAUUCUGGGCUCUAAUAUCAUUAAAUGAUAUCAAAAACAAACCCUUCUUCAUACAUAGCAUCCAACUCAGCACGAUGGGAGAGACUGCACCGUGAAAAAACAGCUCUGGAGGUGGCGUUUGAACGAGAGCUGCAGGAGCUGCAGCUGCAGCAGGAGGCCGAGCUGGCUGCAGUGGAGGAGGGGCUCCGAAAGUGUCACGCAGCCGAGGAGGAACACCUGAAGGCGGAGCAUCGCUCAGAGAUGGAGGAGCUGAGGACUCAGCAGCAGGAACAGGUGAGAGCAAGGCAUCAUGGGAGAUGUGUCUUUUAAAAUUUCAUCUGGUGAGUCACUAAAGGGCAAUUCUGUUCUUAUGUUUGUGUGUUAGGUGGAAGAGAUGACAGUCCACCACCAGGCAGCCAUUCAAGAGCUCAGAGACAUGCAUAACAUCACCAUGGCAACACUGCAUGAGGAGCACGCCCGUACCAUGAGAGGUAUGAUUUGAGAUGUCAUUUAGAAACAUAGUACGGCACCAGCAUUGCACAAACAACAACAACACCUCUCCCUUUUAUCAACAUGUCUCUGUGUGCAGACUUAAGAAAAGCCCACGAGCAACAAAAGAUGCUUCUAGAGGAAGAUUUUGAGAAACUCCGGCUUUCUCUACAGGUAUGAUUCUUUAAAAAAAAGAAAAGGUGCAUAAGGAUUUUUUUCUUCAACAAUGCACUUGAAUAAAGCACUGUAUUGUGUUGUGUGUUUGUGUGUAUGAUUUGUAGGAUCAAGUGGACACUCUGACGUUUCAAAAUCAGAGUCUGAGGGACAAAGCCAAACGCUUUGAAGAGGCUUUGAGGAGAAGUACAGAUGAACAGAUAGUAGUGAGUUAACCUGAAACACCAAAACACAGUCAAGUACUCUUAUACAGCUGCAAGUAUCUCCCUAACACGCACCACUUACCUCUUACUUUAAUAUCUCAGGUAUCAAAAUAUACUUUUUAUUUAACCUGCAGCAGAAGAAGUCUACUGCUGCUGCAGGUUUCUUAACCUCACCAGUCACUUUCUGCCUGUCUUAUCUGUCGGGCUUGUGUGUGACUAUCUGUGUGUUUGCCUCUAACAGGAUGCUUUGGCUCCAUACCAACACAUUGAACAAGAUCUGAAGAGUCUGAAAGAGGUUGUAGAAAUGAAGAACCAGCAGAUUCAUCAGCAAGAGAAAAAGAUCUCUGAUCUGGAGAAAGUGGUAGGCUCAAAUAAGCUACUUAAACCCCAAUCUCUAACGCAUUAUGUAAACACAAACAUUCACACAUGGGGAUUUGCUAUGUGUGUUCAGUAAAUGAAAGAUUGCGUUGUGUUUGUAUUUUACUUUUGAGCAGGCUCAAAAGAACGUGUUCCUCGAGGAGAGGGUCCAGGUUCUGCAGCAGCAGAAUGAAGAUCUAAAAGCGAGGAUUCAAUUAAACCUUGCUUUGUCCAGGUAGGAAUCACUUUUCAAAAAUAAAAACAAGCAAAAAAAAAAAAGUUGUAUAUUUCCUGUGUCAUCUUCAAUUAAACUUCCUCACUGUUUUUUCUUUUUUUUUUCUGCAGGCAACUGUCAGAGGAAAACGCCAACCUCCACGACUCUGUCGAGAAGGAGAGCACGGAGAAGAAGCGUCUCAGUCGCAACAAUGAGGAACUCUUGUGGCGUCUCCAGACCAGCCCACUCAUGUCCCCCUCUUCCUCACCUCUGCACCGCUCCUUCUCCACCUCCCCUGUCCCCUCAUCCCCUUUCUUCUCCUCCUCACCUGUAGCAGGGUGUGACUCCCCCACUCACUGCCAAGGUUGUUCUCAGCAGGCUCAGUACUGCUCCCCGUCCCACAGAGCAGUCACCACGAAUCAAAAUCUUUCCCCCGGACCCGCCACACCCACUCACAGGGCAGUGAGCAAUCAGAAUUAUUCCCCUGGCCCGGCCACGCCCACACACAGAGUGUCAGCCAAUCGCUGUAACUCUGCCUGUGUCAGCCCUGUGCAGAGAUAAACUCCAUCUCUCUCUCUGACUUUAUUUUCUUUCUUGUCUAAUACUCUUUCAUUUUUCUAUCUUCUUUUCUCAGUCCUUUUGGAAUGUGAAUGGAUUGAAGAAAAACAAAGGCUGAUCCCAUCAUGUAGAAAUACAGAGUCCUGAAAUGUAGACUGUACAUAAUGUAUGAUAACGUCCACAUGUAGUGAAACCUCCUUGCAUUGGUAGUCAUGAGUCCCAAAAGAUAGGAACUGUACAGAUGGAAGGUAGCACACUUUUCUGAGGCUGUGACUUGAUAUCAUUGUGUGUUCUGGUUGAUCCACUCACAAGCAGACAGCUCUAGGUGUGGCUGUUAACACCUGGUAUGAACAUGCAUCUCUAGCGCCCACUUGUGAUCAGAUCUCUCAGUUAGCGUUCAAAAUCUUUGAAUUUCAACAUCAGAGUGCAGAUUUUCAUAAAGGAAAAAAAAAACACUUUUUCAGGUCUGUUAGUAUUAGACUUUUAAAGUUCUUCCUAAAGACUGUGGUCAGAUUGAUCAAUUGAUUGAGUCCAUUGUCCAGGAAUAUUUCAAUGAUCAGGUCACUUUCAUUUGUGACCUUAUUGCCUUCUGAAUUAAUCCUGGAUACAUUUACGUCAGACACUGCAAGAAACAUGAACCUAGCCUUAGUAACAUCAGGCUUUGUUUUCUGUUGAGAAGCCCAAAGGUGGCAACCAGCUCCCAGCUGUUCUAAAACCAGACAAGGUGGUGAAAUUCAUGUUAGACCAAUGAAUCUUGUUUGAGACAACAUGUCCCUUUGAUUUGCCUAGCUUGUCACCUGUUCAUAUAUUCAAAUGAUGAAAACAGCACCAACAAAGCCAACAGUUAAAGAUCACAGACAAGCAGACAAGAUGAAGUUAAUCCUAGCAGUCUGGGGGUUAGCUUCAAAAAACUACCUAGCCAUAUCAGCUACACAUUCUAUUUAGUUGAUUAACGCAAUCAAAACAAAUAAGUUAUAAAAUUCAACUUUAUGCAGUUGGCUUUCUUGACAAUUGAUGCUAUUGCCUCAAUGGGACACUCAAGAAGCUGUGGUUCAUUUUUGCACUUUCACUUUCCACUUUGUUCGUUGUAACUGAAGGUUGUCACGAUUUAAGAUUUUCACCUCAAGAUAACUGUGGGGAAAAAAAACUCAUAAUAAGAUAUUUAUGUCAGGUGGAGCAACGCAUUACUUUACAUACAACGUGGAAGCUAAAAACUACCAAGCUAGCAAGAAAGCUGUUUUGAACACCCCGUUGCGCUGCAGUGGUAGCCACACUUUCUCACAUGUCAUCAUCUAUUCCUGAUAAUGUUUUAUUUGCAACACCAGCCCCCUGACACAAACGUUUAUCUAUACAAAUACUCACUCUUUUUUUUGCAGUGUUAGCUACACUGCAAAAGGCUAUCUAGCUAGCUGGUCUUUUGGUGGUUGGUGUGUAGCUUAAUUAAACCUCCACUGCCGCUACUAUUAACCAGUUAGUUACACAGCAUGACAGUGGACAUUUUCUAGCAUGACAUCAAUAUUUUACUUUAUUUAAAAAGACAAUUUUUGUCACUGCUGGUAGGCUAUGUUGCAACAGCCCUAGCUUACAGCAGUGCUCACAUGACUGCAGCUCCAUCAGGAUGCAUUUUAAUACCAGAUGUAGACAGGGCACCUGAUUUACUGUGAUGUAUUGAAACAAGAUCAUCUCCUUAAAAAGAAGCUUUAUUCUUUCUUUUUCAGGAUCCAACUUUCUUAGCCAAUUCUGUUUUUUCAUCCAAAACAAGGAAAAAAAAACAACUCCCAAAACAAAGCGCCUUAAACUCUUUCCUGCCGACUCACCAGCAGAGAACAUUUUGUUUCGUAAAAGAUUUAGAUCAAGAUUUGGUUUGUAAAUUCAGCCUCCUCAAGGGUGUGUUUAACAUUUUGUAAAAUAGUCCAAUUCUGAUAGUUUAACUUGUGUGGGACGACCCCGUUCCUGGACCCCCAGCCAUUUUACCUACAGAAUACAGAGAACUUGAUGUACAAAACCUUACCAGGUCUUCCUACUGCAAUCUCAACACAUGAGCUAUACCCUUCACUUUCGGGAUCCCUCAGGUCAACUACGCAAAAACUACGUCUGCCAUUUUGUAUUUACCUCAGCGGGAAUGUGCAGUCUGUUGUUCCUCUAACUCAACAGCAACAACAACACAAAAAAACACACAGUUACCAGGGCACUCAGAGCUAAAGGGGGAAACCCAACACAGGAAACUCUGUUUUAAAUGUCGUGCAAUUCUUUAUAAUGUGAUGUUUAUAUCUUUUUCCUUUCUUACAUGUUAGUUGCUACUGAAGCAAGCAUGUACUGUGACAGUCUUCCAGUCUUAAUGUGAAACAUAUUAUUGCUGUGAUCUGUCUAUUUAUUAAGCUUGAGGUGUGAAGGAAGUGAAUGGUGUUUGUAACUCUGAAAAUAUCACCUAAUGGGACAAAGUGGAAUAUAUGAUACCCCAAGAGAAGUUACAGGGGACUGUCUCAUAAUAUAAUAUAAGUCUAUAAGCUAUGUAGGGUUUGAAAAUACAUGCUAACCCUGUCUUUUACCUGUAUAGACCUGUGCUAACUUCUUCAUUACCUAUGUGUUUAUCAGAAUGACACUUUUUUUUCCUUUUAAGUGUCAUGUUAAGAUUUUUACAAGCUACACUGAAUUCUCAGCGUAUGAGAAUAUGCUGUUCAGGGAAUUAUUUUCUAAAUUUAGAUUAGUACAACUUUCAAUUUCCUUUUUAUAGCUUCUCUACAGAACAUUAUGCUCGCUUAAGAUUAUUUCCCGAGAUAAUUUUCCAGGUAUAUAAAAUACAAUAGAGGAACCGAGCUUUGGAAUUUAAAUAAUGAUUAUUUUAUAGCUUACAGUAUCUCAUAGCUGCCUCCUGUACUGUAGUCUACAGACUUACCCUCAGGGUCAUGAUCUUUCACCUGGCUUUGAACCAUUUAACAUAAAAUACUGUAGUAUACAGUGUAAUCUUAGUGAUUUACUGGCACAUAAGCAUAUCUAAAGUUGUUAAAAUGACACGAAACUUCAGCCGUUGUAUAUAAAAAAGGCCAGUGAGAAGAUAUGAGGGUGAGUUGGAGUUUGCUGUUGGCAGCUACAGCAACAUUACUAAGGGGAGCAGGGUUAGUGACUAAUGUAAUACUGUUCAAGUGAAAUAAAAGCAUGAAGAGGGUCAGGGUUUUAACAUUCAGUGCCCCUGGUCACUUUUUUCUUUGUUACUUUUUACCAGCAUGUGAAGGAGGACGUUAAUGGGUUGCCAUUUUUUUCAGUAAUAGACUGAAUUGCGAUACCAGCACUUUGAAGGUCGUGAAAAAGUAAAGACAAAAAGAGAAAAACUUUCACUGAUCUUUAAAGUUUUUUUGUAUGACACGUACACAGGGUUAAAUGCUCUUAAGCAAAUGAUUGUCAAGUACAGCCGAGGAAUUUGAGAGAUGUAUCUCAAUUCUCACUUGUUUUUUUACCUACACUGAUGAUUUUGAGAAUGUCUUUGCAUAUUGAUCUAAUUGAAAGAAUAUACCAGUCAGAAAGUCACUGUGUUUUUGAAUAUUUAAGGUUCACCCUUGUCACGAAAUGACUUUUCAGAUCCUCCUUAAGGUCACUGUAAGUGCAAAAAAUACCAAGUCUACAAAGAUGCAAGUAAAAUGAUUGUUUACAAAACUAACCGGUUUAAUCUUACAUUAGAUUUCUCACCUUUCAAUGCACUGAUUUCUAAACAAUGAACUGGCAUUGUAUUGACCCUUCAAUGUGUCCUGUGGACAUCUGUGUCUCACUAUGCGCUGAAUGUCAAAAACAUAAUGACUGCAUUUUAUACAAGUCAUUCAUGUGAUUGUGUUUGAUAUAAAAGGACCUCUAUGUAGCAGCCAUUUGACAUGUAGCACUUGUUCAAUAUCCUCCCCACAAGAAUCAUGGGUAGUUAAUCUAAUUCAUUCAGAACUGAAACAUUCAUGUUGAUAGUUAAAUGCUGCUGUAGCAAAUAUUUCAAUAGCUUGUCAUUUCCAGCACUAGAAUCAGAUUUUGUGGCGGUAAGCGAUACAGUUAUCCCUCCCAGAUUUGGUCCACAGACAAAGUUUACUGAGUUUGUUAGUUCUGGCACUGAUUGUACGUUUGAAUGUAAAUACAUUUACAACAUGGGUUGUGUCUUUAGUGCACCAAAAAAGUAAUAGAAGCAUGUUUUUUCUGUCUUUGCUGUUUUCUAGCUCUCCCUUUCUCUUUGUUCACCUCUCAGCAUCUGUGAUGGUCAAACUGUAACUGUAGCGUAGGAGGCCUAUAGAGGAAUGAGGAAUGAGGUAGAUCAACAUGUAAUGUAUACAUGGUAUGUUGAUGCUUUCAUUUGUACUUUUUGGGGAGAAUUCAGUAUUAAAAGUACUUCAGAAAAAAAAAG